GGUCUGCUUUCAUGUCACUUUGGCCCUCAGCAGAUGGUUCAGACCCCGAAUUUUACCCCUGCAUGGAAGCUCCCACACUUCUGUCAGCUGCUGCUGCCAAAAGAUCCAUGUUUCACUCAUGCGGAUUUUCUCCUGCUGCUUCUGUGAUGUCCUGAUGAUGAUCAGCAGAUAAGUAAUCAUCCCUUCCUUUUUUUCCCUGUACAUGAGUUUUGUACGAAAGAGGAUUAGGGCCAUAAGAAGAGAGAAAAAAAUAAUAAGAGGAGGGAGAUUUCUCAAAUUUCCAUUUCGAGAUUGAAGUCGAAAUUUUGAGAUUACAGUCAAAAUUUAAAAAAGUCGAAAUUUAAAAAAAUUAAAAUUUGAGAUUACAGAAUGUUGAAAUUCUGUGAAUAAUGUUGAAAUUUCAAUUUUAAUCACAAAAUUUCAACUUUUUUUCAUUUUGACUUUUUAAAAUUUAGACUCUAAUCUUGAAAUGUAGACUUUAAUCUCCAAAUGGAAAGUAAAAACAUCUCCCAUAUUUAUUUAUUUCGCUUCUUGUGGCCCUAAUUCUCUUUCGUAGUUUUGGGAUUCUGAAUUUGGGAGUAAAAAAAGAAAAUCAGAAGAAAGUGCAAAACAAGUAUCUUGACUUUAUGACUUUUGUAAACAUCAAGAAAAUAGGAAAUAUGACGCAUUUUAAUAUUCAGUGUUGAUAAUAAACAAUUAUUUGGUUAAAGUAGAUUUCUUAAAAAUAAUAUGGGAACACUUAGGAAGUUCCCAACUGUAACCAAUAUUAUUUUCUUCUAUUGGCAGAUGACAUGUCCUGUAUAGUAACGAUUUGUGAAAGCUCCUCAUUAUUGUACGGCGUAGGGUUGAAAAUAGUGCUAACUUAAGACUCUGAUCUACGUCCAGAAAAGCGUAAACAGCAAACCGUACAACAGGCAGUCACACAAAUGUUAACAAGUUUUUGGUGUAUAUGUAAAUUUACAUUUGCAGUGAAUUGACCUCUGGUGGUAAGGCUCUUGAUUCUGUAUCGAGUAAUGCUGUCAUCUCCUCUGAGACUUUCAGGCAGUCAGAUGUUUGCUGUCAUGAUUCGAGACAAAAAGUUGGUGAAGUGAUGAGCAGAGGCACAGCAGCCAUCUGGAAGUUUUUCUGCUUGAGCGUCGGACAACCAAUCUAACUCGCUGUGUAUUUGUCACAAGUUUGACGGUGACAGACGGAUUAUGGUUGGUAUUAAUCAUAACAGUCUGCCUCACAAACUCACAUCAAUGACUUUGGUUGGGUGACUGUGUUUAUGGUGUUAGGUAGAUUAGUUUUACCAAGAGUGAGUCAGUCUCUCUUUACACACAAAAACAGCACAAGACCGACUUUUUGAACGUGAUAAACAAAGUGACAAUAGUGGUCAAGAUAAAAAAAAGUCCUGAAUUAAAAAAAAGCCAAUAAAUAACACAGAAUGUUCCUUCUACAAUGUUUUGGUGCUAUGACUUAAACGUCAUACCGAUGGCUGCUGGGACACGGCUAUUUUUGUGCUCGCUUUAAAAGGCUGCUACUGUAUACCUACAUUCAGACAGAACAAGGGUGGGAGUCGUCUUUUGACAGCCGUCCUCUGCUGUGCAGGGAUUCCAUGUUAAACUGUGGCUACACAAUCAGCCCACACUAGACCAUUUCACAGUUUAAUUAAGAUGAUUUUUGUAGGUUUGACACCAUGCAAAAUGAUCAAAUGGAUUCAGCAAAUAAUACAAAAUAAGGUCAUCAUGUUUGUGUUGAUGUGAAAAGAGGCUAGUUUUCUGAGCUGAAACAGACUGGAAGGUACAAGGAUUCCUAGUAAUGAGCCACAAAAGCAGACAAGACCUUCAGGUGCAAGACUGAUGGUUUCUGUAUUGUCAUGUAUAAUACCUGCAAGCAUUGUGAGGAGGUGUCAGGCCAGAUGAUUGACAGCAGGCUGAAGAAAACAACCUUGUAGCAGCAAAUAUUCACGGUUAGUACAUUUACAUGCACAGUUGAGUUGAGCUAAAGCUUGAUCGGUCUUGUCCUGAUCCCCAACUGCACUAUCUUGACAUGUUAGUCCUACUAUAAAAAGUUCAAUUUAAUGCAGUUUUAUUCAGACUAAUGUGUUUACAUGAAGUCCAGUUCCAAUCAGAUAAAGACAAUAAGUCUGUUUCUUUUAACUUCAUGUAAAUAUACUGAGUUCUGCAUUUGGCUGUUAAAAACAGGAUGUGAUUUACGUGUCAGGAGAAACUACUAAUGUGUGUAUGUACAGGACAAGAUGAGCAGGGAAAGAGGAGGUUGUACUUUGUCCACAGGGGGCGCCAAAAUCAACUAUUACCAAGUUCCUCUCAGGAGCUUUAAAUCAGAUAAUCCUUGAGGCCUCCUGGUUUAAAAAAUAAGAGUGAUGAAAAUUUGAUUUUGGUGAAUCAUGUCUCCUCAACGUCCAGAGGUUAACAGCAAUUCUCAAUCUCUCUGUUCAGCCUUUAAGUAAACCACUUAAUCAAGGUCAUUCCCCCCUUACCCAAGUUUUCAUUAAAACUGACAUCAGUGUCUUAAAUCAUUAUAGAAGUAUUUGGAAAACCUUUAAAUAAUAACUGUCUUUAAUGUCUUUUUGGUGGAUCCAAAUGUGCUAGAUAUUUUGUGGGUUUCUAACUUAUUCCCUGUAUUUCCAAACCGAGACUAAGAGAAUCAAAAACAAAUACAAAUGAGAAAAUCAGACAAAUGAACCCCAGCAGAGAGCUGACUGACUUAAUUCUUCAUAGCAGAAAAGCAAUAGUUAAGCUAACAGCAGCAUACCAUGUUGCUUUGACUGUGAAACAAGCAGUUCAGAAAAAAAAUGAGUGCAAAAUAGAAAUUAAGGACCCAGGACGGGUGGUUAAAAAAAGGAGUGGUGGGUGUAGCAAGGACUCAUUGUCUACAGUAACUACACCGCCCCCCUUGACUGUUAAGACAUUAGAUUUCGCACACACAUUUUGUGCAGUGUCAACAAUAGGCUGUCAUAUCCUCCCAAAAUAACACCAUAAAUCAGACAGUAUUCAGCAGCAGAGCAGUAUUUUCACAUUUUGAGGAUACAGAUUUCAAAGAUAAUCAAAGAACCAGCAGCGACUAGAUUGGUGAAAAACCUUUAUUUUAUCCUGCGUUUUCAUUUCUCCCAAUCUCAAUACUUGUUCUUUGAAAGCAACUGCUGCCCACACAAUGUACCACUUGCUUUGGCAGAGGAAAAAAAAAACACCACCACACAUUAAUGCAAAAAUAACAAGUUAUCCCUUAAAGCGAUGAUGAUGAAUUCAGUGUCAGGCCAAGCCGACGUCUCUGGUGGAUGGAUUGAUGUAAUAUACGCAGUCAAAAUAUUUAACCACUCGUGUUUUUCAACAGUCAUGAUUUCACCCCAAAAACAUUUCCUGUUAUCAUGUGAAACAACAGGAUACUGAAGGCUUUGUCUCCCACAUACUGCACACUGCAUAUGGUACCAAUUGAACAGUUUUCAGAAUAGGAAGAGAGACUGAACUGCAUUAUCACUCGUUCUAGUGUGGUAGUUGCCAUGGAGACGAGUGUAGGUGGUGUACUGUGCUGUACUCGGUGCUGUACUCCUUCCCCUGUCCUCUCCCCUCUUCUGUUGCCCACCCUCUCUGUUCUGCUAUCUGCAACAUCCGCGUAACUUUCAGCCCUGUACAACUGACUCCGGUCUCCCCGCUCUGUUUCCAUGUGAACUCCAAAACCGCUGUCCUGUAACUACGCCUCACGAAGCAACAGAGAUGUACGCAGACUGGGAGUAUUUUAGGCUUCCUUCUUGUGGAUUCAAAGGGUUUCAGUUAGGAUUGAAACCUCAAGUUUUAACGAGAUUAUAGUUAAAUUAAUUCAAACAUUUCCUCUGACACAUCAGUGACCCCUUUAAGUUCUGCACAAACCCCCCAAAUCUGCCUCCCUGCGUCUGUAAACGUCUUUCUUGCUGACCAUCCAAGUUUUUCUGCAUGCAUUGUGUGUCUCUUCUUUCUGCAGACCAGCUAUUCUUUUUAUCAGUUUCCAUGGAGAUGUGUGUUUCUGUGUGUGUGAGUGAGUGAGAGUUGAGAGUGAAAGUGUGGGCAUGUGUCAUUUCCAGUUUAUUUUUUAUUUUUUUGGUGUAAUUUUUGAAGACUGCAUGUGCUGUCCCAAGUUAGUCUUUGGCCUUCGAUUACAUCACUGAUGUUUGCUUCUCUAUGCGGAUGUAUCAAAUGUUAUCCUGCUUCCUGCAGAGCUUUUUCUUCAUCUCUGGUCAGUGCAGCUGGAAGCUAGAAGCAGGAAUGGACAUGAAAUCCCAAGAGGGUAACCGCAGGAAAUGCAAAUCAGAUCUUGUCAGAAACAUAAUGGAAAAAAAAUCAGAAAUGCAGAUUUAACAACGAUAAACCUGACAGUGAAUGCAUCAAAUGUAAAUCUAUUUUCUCCUUUAAAUCAAACAAGAUUAUCUAUUCUGCAGCCUUAUUAAAGCCAGCCUUAGAGUAUUCUUUUAUUUAAUGCUCAUAAUUUACCCCCCCGCAUCAUAUUUCUAACAAAAAACUAAAAAUAAAACAAAAAACAAAAUUAACCAGGUUAAAUCCCCCUGAUUAGGGUCUUACAUAACAUCUUCCGUAUAUACGUACAUGCCCACGAAAUGAUCUAUGACACAUUCAGAAUAUGACAAUUAGCAAUCCACUUUACGUAACAUGUUUACAGAUAUCAAAAUAAAAGCCCAGAACAAUAGCAGGUUCCCCCACGCUUCUGCACCUAUAUAGAGGAUUGUGUUCUGCGUAUUUUUUUGUAUCAAGACUAAAAUGUACAACCGUCUACGAAAACACAAAUGAGUCAGAGAAAGAGAUUUAAUUCUCCUGUAUAUGGGUGAUUAGUUUCUUUGUUAUAUGGCCAACUCUCCGAACGAGAUCUGUACAUAAACUUAGGGAAGAUGGUUCUUGAUAUUUUACCACCUUCAUAUUUGUAAUGCAGAGUUUACUUUACAAGACUCAACUGUUAAAAAAAUGUGACAAAAGUUUGAUUUAUUUCCUGUCUAUUUAUGGCAACUUUAAUUGUCGACAUCAUAUUGAGACAUGAACUUGAAUGACUCUAAUCUUUAAUGUAGAUAAAAGCUGCGUUUGUGCGACUGAACCUUUACAGUUUUAAAUGUUAAACAGUUUUAAGAUCUCCAGACUGUGAGACUAAACGUUCACACUGAUGCAAAUCUAAAAAUUCACACGAGUUGCAUUUUCCCUUCAGCCGAGAUCUCAGAACAAGACAAAUGAUAAGAAAUAUUAGAGAACUCACAUGGAGCUCACCAUGAGACUGAACCAUGUGCAUUUCUCAGAAGUCAAAAAUAAAAUUCCCUGUUGGCAUCUUGACAGUGAAAGUAACGCACAUUUUACUCCAGACAGAGAAAUAAUUACCACAAAUGUUCCACUCAGUGGAUUUUUUAAGGUGCCUGGGGAUCCUGUUAAGGAAUAGGCUACUGCCGAUAUCCAGCUGACAAAGACAAAGACUGUUUUGUUUGAAAUUUCCAUUUUUUCCCCAUUUUCCAUCCAGGAGUGAAUCUAGACUCUUUAGACCUGGCCAUUAACUAGUGCAGGGUUGGCAAUAAGUACCCCAUGUGUGCAUAUAUAAUGGAUGACAUUUAUUCUCCACUUAUCAAACUUUAAGUAUAAACACAAAAGUAUCCACAAGAGGAGAGAUACCUGAUUUUUUUCACUUAAAACAUGCAACAAGAGGCAACAAUUAACCCUCAGAACUCCCAGCUAUGUUUGGCAAUUUUUGGUCCACCAGUUUUUUUUUUCUUUGUAAAUCUUUGUAGCAACUCUAUCCUUUUAAGCAUUAAAAAUAUAUACACAUCUUUUUUUUUAAGAACAGCCUCAGCUGUCAGUUUAUGGGUGCGAAAAUUAUGUAAAACGAAUGUGACAGUAGAUUCAGAACCAUCAAAGUCAACCAAAAAACAAAAACGGAAAUCGAUACCAACAGUACUUUGCUCAAAAAAUACACAAAUCUACAGUGACCAAGCCUUUCCUCACCCAAACAUCAUUCUGUUGAGUCUUGGCUAUCAGGAGAAGAAAUAUUGGGAUUGGAACAAACACACAACAGAAACUAUUUACGUUUUUUUUGCUAUUAACAGUUGUCUAUGCCACUCCUUGAAGCAGUUCCUGUCUGGAAUGAGACAGAGGGCCACAUCAUACGGCUCAUAAUCUCUUCUUUGUUUGUUUCCAAGCAUUAAAGACCAUUACUUCUUAUUUUGCAGACAAGCAGGGAACUUUCUUGUCUCUCGUUGAUCUUUAGUUGCCUCUUAUUGGACACUACCGUCAAGGGAACGAUAGAAGAAGAAUAUGAGACCAUGUAAUUGGUCCAAAGUUUGACAGAAAUAGACGUCAUCAAAACUGCUUGUCAAACCUGGAAGACAUUAAUGGCAUUUAGUGAUAGCGAUCACAACAAUAUGAUAAAUAAUCAUGUUUUCACCAGUAUAUCACUGCGGAUUUACCAUCAAACGUCUUUGAUCAAACACCUAUUUUUGUGGCUGGAUUGUAAACCUUGUUGGAGGUGUAGUAAUGCUUGGAGACCCGUGAUAGAUCGCCAAAAGGGUAAGCGUUUGAACACGUUUCAUCCCAUAGAGAUACACCGUACAGUUCCUGGGAAACUGUAAACAAUAUUAAUGGUGUCACGUGGGAUUGCCAGCGAUCCAGUGGAGUUAUUAGUGUUAAAUGUUGUAGCUAAAAUCUUUACGAAGUUUGCAAAAGAUGCUUGUCCAGAGUCAUAUAAAGAGGGCAGGGGGCCUUAGCCACCCUUGGCUUCCCACUUGAAUCCGCCCCUGGCAGCUGCAGUGGGAGAUGCACAUUUAUUAAAACUUUUUGUUGUUUGUUUGUUUGUUUAAGUUAUGAAUAUUUUCUGUCUCUUGACCGCUCUCUGGCUCUCUCACCCUGUCAUCUCACUAUAUGCAUGGACUCACUCCUGCUGUGCAAACUUGAUCCGCAUUAGAAGUGGAGCACCCUGCAGAGAAACUAAAACCUCUGUUCCUCUUGAAGUAACUAACUCGUCUAAACUUGGUACUCCCCAUCCUCACUCCCAUCGUUGAUCACCGGGCUCAGUGGGCGUCCGGCCGUCAUCGCUCCGUGUUAUUUUCGGAUGUUACAAACUCCAGAGAUGGUAGAGCGCGGGGCGGAUUCGUUUUGCCUUUGGAGGCGUGGGUUUCUGUUUCUGUCCAUCUCUCGCGCUAUCUCCACCCUCGAGGGAGAGAUUUCUCCGUUUACCGAGCUCCUCUUUUCUCUUAACGCGUUGCUGCUAAAUCAAAAUUACUUGUGACGGACGGAGGGUACGAGCGCAAAGGACACCGCGGCAAAUUUGGCACCGGAUUCCCCCCCACUACACGCACACACACACGCCGUCGGUAUGAAUUUCUGGAUUGUGGGGACGUCGUUAUGUCACGCAGGGUGAACUACAGACGCUUUCCAGAUUCAAUCACUCGAGCUGGAAGCAAAGGAGGCGCGUUAAAAUGUGCAAGGAUCAAGUGAUACUCUGCUGCUGCUGCUGCGCAUCUUCGGGGUUUUGCACGUAAAUACCUUUUUGGACAUUUAUUUUUUACGCUUCUUUGGUUUGAUGUGCAGAGCGUUAGUGUGAUCAGAGUUGGCUUAUCACCUUGAUCAUUUCCAGCAUGAUUUGUGUGCAGCUCGCACAAAAUCAGUGUUUGCGUCGUUAAUCUCUGCAGAGUGCUUUACAUGUGGCAUAUUAUACUCUAACUGGCUGUAGAUCGUUCAACCAAAACGCACCAACAGGAGUUCACAUUCCCCCCCAAAUCCUAAAGCGACACAGGGGGCUGUUUGGAGUCACACGUGCCCAGGACAAACAAUUAAAAUGACAAAACCCGUUUACACGAGAGGUUGUUUUUUCUAUCGAGGAAGCUGCACCGAGACCCUGGAUUGUAACAUAGUUGGAGGACAGAGAGCUAAAAAAGAAGAGAGGCAGGGGAGAGCCGCCGAGCUGCACAACAGAGCCCAGAGGAAAGCUCUGGCUUCAGUGAUGGACUGAGCAGAAGGUGCGAGGAGCCCACAGUUCACCUGACAAGAGGCAUGUAUGGACAAACCGCAGCAUAGGUGAGAGCAAGAAGGAAAAGUGCUGCCCACAGUUGAAUACAGCAAAUUUACAGCUCUGAUGACUGAAACACAUCAAGCUUUCACAAAGGAAGACACUGGCCUUUUCAUAUCUGGAAACCAUUCCUCAGGUCUGCACAAACUGAUCCUACCUUUGUCCCAAAAAAGCACCUGGAACCUCAGCCCCCUCCAAAGUGCCCCGGAGGCCCACCUGAGUCAGUAGGCACCCACAGAUGUAACUAAGCUGUCAAGAUUUCUUCUCGAGGAAGUCCUAUUAUUUUGGGUAAGUGUUUGCAUGCAGACGCUGAACUUUAAAUGUGUAAAACUCACUUAUUGAAGAGCUACAGCUGAUUGUUCACUGCAUUGCAGGCCAACUGCUCCCUGUGAUAAGUUCAGUGAAAAUGGGACAUUAUAAUACCGGCAAAAAGAAGUCAAACUUAAGCGCAUGGUGCCAAAUAAAAUAUGUCUUUGCUGUUGUUAUCUAGUUCUUCUUUUAGGAACUGCCUCGGCUGUUUUGAUGCUAAAUAACUCGCCCAGGCUGUUCGGGGAAAUUGGCACAAAUGCAAAUGAGCUCCUGUUCAGAUUAGCUUGCUGUACUCUAAGACUGCCCCCUUCCACUUCCAGUGGGCUGAUGGAAAUUUGAUAAGACCAUUUAUGGAGGUUUCCCACCUAUGAAGUGAUGAUUACACACAGUUUCCUUGCAGGGAAGUAGGCUUUGUGUUAGGCUUAGGAUUUGGGGAAAUUAGUUGUCGAUAACACCAGUUAGUAAAGUUGCAUUUCAAUCUCACAUCCAAGUCGAUUCCCUUAGGUGAUAUGUCUGAUGCCUCACGUGUAAAACUGCAAGCCAGAUGUCACAUUGAUUCAGUUAAUCCAUGUGCAUGAUGCCUCUACUUCAUAGUAAUGGACAUGACCAAACGUACAACUCCUCUUAACCACCAUUUGCACCAUGUUGUCAAAAAGUGUCCCACUUUUACUGAAAUUUCCACAGGGAUCUGUGCACAGUUACACGCCGCACAGAUCCAUAUAGUGUCCCUGAUUUUUAAACACUCUUUCGAGCAAAAUCAUAACUGAACAAUCAUUCCCACUGCCUCCCAUCUUAGCAAUCAAAACACAGUAGAUCUCCAGUUAAUGAAAUGUCUGCGACUGAGCGACUGCACACUUGACAAAACGAGAUAAAUCUGUCUCACUCUGACUUGAUGGCCCUUAAAUAGAGUCACUCUACUGGUUUAGCUUGAAAAGAAAGUCUAGAUUUAGAGACAUCUAAUCUUUUUUGGUUGCUCCUGAUCUGCUGAGAUCUGCUGGUUGUCAUCUGGGAGCCUGACAGCCGGCAUUGAGUUGAUUUGACUCCAGAACCAAGUUUUUCUGUUAUAAUUCUCCUCCUCUUCAGCCAUCUUCAAUGCAACGCAUGGUGGGAGCUUUCUUUCCCUGCCAAGGACAGAAAGGCUUUGACAGUCUGAAUUCUCUCUAAAAAAAAAUGCAGAGCACUCUUGUCCUGCAAUCCUCUCAAACUGUUUCUUUUGCCCAGAGCUGUUAAUUUGUAUUUCCCCUUCUCGUCUAUUUUCAGCAAACAAUAUUUAAAUUUUCGCUUUCCUUCAGUGACUCAUGUCCUAACAAUGGGUUACAUUUGGAUAUUCAACUGUUUCCGCCUGCAGAACUAACAAACCCUUCCACAUAUCCUCCUCCUUUUUAGCUUUACACUUUAAUUGGCCGCCAUAUUCCUAGUUUAAGUUCAGAAGUUAGAAAAUUCAGCACAUCAAGGUUGACUUUGAGGUUAACAUGCUCACUGUCACACAAGACUAGGUCUGUUUAUCAAAUUGGCUGUUUAAUGUUUUCUGUCAAAGAAGAAGGAAUACAAAUCAUCGGUGAUAAAACUGAUGUGUCAGUGGGAAUGCUAAUCAAUUAAUCAUAGUAACAGCUUGUGGUUGAGCAGCAUCAUGACAUUUAGCCCACAAGGCUAGAGGAGGCAACUCUGCUCGGAUGAAAACUGCCUGUAAUUCAAGUAUAUGGCUUUUAUAUAUUCGUUGGUGCAAUUUUGUGGCCCCCUUGUGUGCCUCUUUAUGUGCUAUCAUCACAUUUGAGUUGUAAAACUAAACAGUAUGGAGAUAAAAACCCCUAAUGAUCCUUGAAAAAAAUACAAAGGGUUAUUCAGAAAAACAGAGUCUUGCUUUUAGGGUUUUUCCAGAGUCCUCAAAGACUUGUGUCCUGAUUGAAAUGAAAGAUAUCCUACUUACUGCGGGAUAAAACAAAAAUAAAUUUUUAAGUUGCAUCUCAUUUCACAAUUAAAAUGUUUAGCCUUAAAGGGAUAUUCCGGCAUAAAAUUCAUUUAGGGUCAAACACACGGUAAAACUGAGUCAGACACCCCCUCGAGAGAUGAAUGUUGCUGACCGCUUGAUUCUCUAGUUAUACCAACUUUAGUAACGACCGCAUGAUAGCAAAACACAGCGGUCUGAGGAGCCAUAAACAAACCUCAACAAAAACGCCACUCUAUAGCCACAAUAACGAGUUUGAUGCUCAUAAAUGUUCUUCCUUGAGCUGCGUCACCCUGAGGUCUCUCUACAAACAAGCGGCUGCUGGAAGAGAGUAGGUGAGUUGUGUUUAGUCUCUUUGCUAAAGAAAUCAGGCAAAGUUAAAAAGAUGUUUGGUGGCGAGUGCUGUGGCUGGGACCCUAUAUGUACUGUUGAUGAAGUUAGGUGCUGUUCUGAGCAUUAUUUGUGGCUAUAGAGUGGCGUUUUGGUUGAGGUUUGUUUAUGGCUCCUCAGACCGCUGUGUAUUGCUAUCGUGCGGUCGUUACUAAAGUUGGUAAAAUUAGAGAAGCAAACCUUGGCAACACUUCAUCACUUGAGGGGUUGUCUAACUCGGUUUUACGGUGUGUUUGACCCUAAAUUAAUUUUACGCCUGAAUAUCCCUUUAAUCUUAAUUUCUUUUUGGACAGAAACCAAGAUGAUUGCUUAUAUGUUUAUCUUUUGUUUCAUUUGUCUUUAUUGUUAAUUAUGUCCUUGAUGUUUGACUUGAAAUGAAAUUCUAUGUUAAUUUUCUUGUCAUAAACAAGGGCAAAAAAUUCGGACUUUGUUGUUGCAUGUGACUAUUGGUCGGCUUCUUUAAAAGACUAAGACAGGAAACCUUGUGUCUGUGCCAUAUAGCUGCAUGGACACAUCUUCAAAGUCGUGGCUGCCGCAUCAAACUCAGUUUGGGUUGGUUGGUCAAGCGGAGGUUUGCUGUGGCGGACCUGGAGUUUUAACCCCAAGUGAGUCAGUUUGGCCCCACACUGGUGGAAAUCUACCUUUUUACCCCUGUCAUCUAACUGCCCUGCAGCUUAUUCCUCAGUCUGUCUCGCUCCAACAUGAUUUUUCUCUGUUAUAUAUAUGUUUUUAUAUGUUACCUCCACCAACGCCACUGUAGCCGAUGGUUAAUGGACAGUUUAACGUACAGUCCAGCCUCAGCUGUAAUGUCCUGCUCUCUUUUUCCUCUAUCAUGGCUUUCCAGUGCUUUUUUACUGCUUUGAAAUCUUUCCUAAAGUACCUCCAUAUAUUGAGGGUAUUUUACCACUCAGUCCUCCAGCGGUGCAUCCCUCACCCUCUGAGCCCUGCGUUGUCACACUCACAGAGUUUUAUUUUGACAUCCUCCAGGUUUGAUAGCACCAUUUGCCUUUUACACCAGCUCUGAUACACUCUGAGUCUUCCUUCUCAAUACGCUGUCUUUACUCCUCCAGAUGAAAGCAGCCAUUUCUUCUCCCUCCAGGGACAGCAAGAGAAAUAAUUUUCAGAUUGUUAGUGCAGCUUGUAAAUUUGUUCUCGCAUUUAAAACAUUAAGACCCACACACCGCACAGCUUUGGAAAACAAACAGAAGGCAGAAUAGUGUGAAAAAGAAGAAAGAAAAGGAAAAGAAUAAUUACUUUUGGCUAUGUUAUUUGUGGAGAGAUGAUGCAGGUAAAUCAUCUCAGAAUAGUGAAAUUGCGGUUUGAUCUUGGUUCGACCGUUUUUGUUGUUUAAUUGCUGUCUGUUCAUUUUCAAAGCUCACAAUAAUAUUUCUGAGCACAUUAGUGAAAAUGAAGGUAGUUUGAUGGAGAGCAGUGCACAAGCUACGCUCAUGUUCCUAUGGUAACUGGGCCACACUACCCUUGGCUAGCUCACACAGACACACACACAUAAGCAAGCAGGCAGAAGGACAGGAAGGAGAGAGGUGGGAAUGCUGGAAGCCACACAUGAUGGAAAGAUUAUACAUCAGACUGUUCAUUUAGGUUAUUUCAUCCUCUUUAAUGAGUCAUAUUUUAAAAACCAGAGUGUGUUGGCCUUGGGAAAUCUUGGUUAUACUGCGCUCUGUCUCAUUUCUGCUAGUUUUAAAGCUGAUAUCAGGUUCUUUCCCUGGCGCCUACACCGGCCCUGCUUCUUUAACCCCUCCACCCACCUCUGCUUUCAAUUGCUGCAGCUCUACCACUUCAGUUUGCUUUAUAUUUUCUUGAUGACAGUGCUGCUUCUAAACAUAGCAUGGACGUGUCUCUGAACACGGCAAGACGUGUCACUUUUUCCUUUUUUAGCUCAACUUUUAUAUGUUUUUAAUAACGGAGCAAGUUUGUCUCCUGGUUGGUUCGUCUUUCACUCGUAGAGUCAUUACUCGACAGAAAAUUAAACCAGGGAAACUAAUGAAACAGCAUUUUAGUAUGGCCACUAUUUUUCUUAAUACUCAGUGUGGGAAGCUCGACUGCUGUUUUGUUGGACAGGAUUCCUUUUGUAAGUUGUUUAAAUGUUGUUUUUAAGUAGGGCUGGGCGAUAUGGGAAAAGGUUUAUCACAAUAUAUUUUUUUCAUAUCAGUCGCUAUCAAUAAUAUCACAAUAUUAAAAAAUGAAAUUUAACGGUGCUUGUUGGAAUCAUGUCUUUUGCAAUACAAUAAGCUACUGCAUCUGUGAGGUCUUUGUAUCUAUUCGACGUUUUGUCGUAAGGCGUUGCGCUAGAGAAAGCGGACUGUCAUCAUCUGUUGAGCCUUCAUCUGCAUUUCUACUGGGGGUAGCACUCCAUUUUUUUUUUCAUACAAACAGUGCUGUCGGCUUCACGUGUUAAAGUGCUAUGGUUGUGUGUAGCGGCAGCCUGCUACUACACAGUUGUUUGCUACUUGGUCCUACUUCAGCACAAAGUCGACCCGGAGCAACUCCCCUUUUCAUUGGAUAUUUGCAUAGUCUACCAAAACCUUGCACAAUGCCGGCUAUUGAAAAGGAAAUUGACCAUCUUUCAUUUUGAUGUUGAGGGAAAUUAAUUUUCAAUAUUUAUCAUUAUCAUUUUAUUGCCCAGCCCUAUUUUUAAGCAUUUUAAUCUUUCCUCCGUUUCCGUAACAACAAGUUGAUAAAAAAAAGCAAUCAAUUGUGAAACUCCAGAGACAGACUAGAACCUUCGACCACUUCUUAGACACCAUUACAUAGGAGCAAGUCCCUACAGCAUGCACGCAUCAGGUGUUGCAGCACAUUGUGUAAAAACAGACACUCACCAUCCACACACUAUCCAUUAAAUAUACACUUCUGUUAUGCAGGAGCAAUCCAUACUGUGCAGGAGACCAGAGAGAUGUUGAAGGAAAAAGGCUGUUUUCUAACGUCCAACAUUUGGACUUGAUAAACAUAAAAACAUGACAGUGAUAACAAGUUCAGUCACAAAGCAUCAUUAAUGAAGAUGGAUAUCAUUAACACACCAAUACAGUAUCUCCACUUUGUUAAACAAACUAACAAGCUCUUCAACUAACGGGACGUUUCAAGCAUAUUAGCGCUCCCCCUCCGGCCAGCUGUGUCUCACUCUGAGUCCCUGAAGUGAAAUGAAGAGGUAUCAUACAGGCUCUCUUCAUUCCUGUCCAUGUCUAUGAGAGCAACAAGACUAAACAGAUACACAAGCUGUGUCCCGGUCAGGAGGUUGCAGGCUUUCCCUCUUUUUAUUGAUGAACAGCAUGCUAAUUUAAGCAAUCUGCUUCCUUCUAACAAUUACAGAAGCAGUAAAAUGUUCAGUGCUGAUGCCAGUUGUUAUCUUUAACAACUCCUCCGUUAUAUAGUUUUGAUUUAUGCCACGAUUAUAGUCCCUAUUUCAUUCUUAUUUUUACUGCUCACUGUCUUUCAGUCUCACUCAACCUAACAGUAUUGGCUAGUUGAGUGGUUAAAUGCUAAUGCGAUCUGAUUUAUUACAACAGUUCAUCAAUCUUUAUCUGUUUAAUCUUAAUCUUAAAUAUGGCCUGGCUUCUCUCUGGGUUUUUACAGCUCACUAUCUAUCAGCCUCUUUCUAGCUCAGAGUUGUGUCAGCCAUCUUUCGGCUGUAAUUCACCGCUCAUUGUCGUUUUAGUUGCUCAUCAAUCAAGAGGUGAAAUUACAACUUAAUGUCAGAUUCUCUACAUUUAUACGACCUAAAAUCUAGGACACAGCAGUUUGACAUUUUAAAAACAUUUGAGCUUCCCCCCUGGAGCAUGACAUUAGAGAAACCGGCCUACUUAUGAAUAUGGUAACUAAACCCUCUGAUUGUUUUCUGACAGACAUCGCAUGACAAGACUUCACUCCAUCAAGCAGCUUGUAUCUGCUAGCAGCCGUUUGCUUUGUGUGUUUGGCAACCCCCGGUUUUAUUUUGCGUCGUAAACCGCUGCUCAAACUUGGACCAUGUCAAACCUCCUGAGGCGAUGCUGCCAGCCUGUCAAAGAGCAGCGUGGUUAAAGCUGUGAGGUUUUUCUUCUGUCAGUCAUGCCGGCUGAUUGUUUGGACAGCUUGCAGUUAAUGAACAGCCUUAACUUUCUGCACACAUUUGACCUGUCUGUCCUUUUUAACCGCUGUGAUGCUCCGAUGAAUUUAAGAUGACAGCUGAACCGUCUUUGACCCAAUGUGCUUUGGCAGUUAGCGUUAAUUUUCUUUAACUAGCACUUCCAGAGUUAAGUGGUGGCUUUAAGAGUCAAUUUGGACAAAUCAGAGACAAAAAAAAACACAUUUCCUUGCCCCCCUCUUGUACUACCUGUCACACAGUCUAAAGGAAUCAGCUUAAUACCUGGCUUCAGCUCAAACACAUCACAUUCAGGGUGAAGCUCCAUUUUAUGGUCUGGGGGACAGAAAUACUGUCUUGUUCUGCAAAAGGAACUGCCAGUGCAAGAAACGGGAAAAGCUGGAACCAGAAUCAGUUUAUGGUUUAUGUACGAUAAUAACCCAACCUAUGAGUAAAUUGAUGUGGAGAUUAAAACACUUUAAUAUGAAUACCUUUUGAGUAGGGCUGGGCGAUAUGGGAAAAAAAAGUUUAUCAUGAUAUAUAUUUUUCAUAUCAGUCGAUAUUGAUAUAUAUCACGGUAUAAAAUAAAGGAAAUUUAGCAGUGCUUGUUGGUAGCCUGUCAUUUACAAUACAAUAAGCUGCUGCAUCUGUGAGGUCUUUGUGUCUCUUCGAUGUUUUGUCGUAGAAAGCAGAGUGAACGGUUGGCUGUUUCGACAGCACAGGCGCCAUGGGCUCCUUGCUCCGCUUGGGGUUUGUAACCUCUUGCAUUGUGAGUGCUCUGCUGCGUGGCACUACUUCAGGUGGUGGAAGACAUUUGAGGUAUUCCCCGACUGUACGAGAACAUGUACUCGACAUAAUUUGCAGUGCACAUUUCUCUGCUUUGUGUCUGACCUCAAAAAACCAAAAUACCUCCACUGACGUUUUCAUGCUAGUGUUGUCGACAAUGUCGUCAUCUGUUGAGCCUUCAUCCGCAUUUCUGCCGGAGGUAGCACUCAUUUUCUUUUUUUCUCACCGACCGUGCUGUUGGCUUCAUGUGUUAAAGUGCUACAGUCACGUCUAGCUGCAGCCUGCUACUUCGCAGUUGUUUGCGACUUAGUUCUAAUUCAGCACAUGAUUGGUUCAGCGCAAAGCGGACCUGGAGCAACUCCCCUUUUCAUUGGAUAUUCGUAUAGUCUACCAAAACAUGGCAGAAUGCUGAAACUCGAAAAGCAUAUUGACCAUGUUUUAUGCUAAUAUUGACGGGAAAUUCAAUUUCGAUAUAUAUCAUUACCCUUUAAUUGCCCAGCCCUACCUUUGAGAUAUCUUCAGUAGUUCUGUAAUCAAAUGAUAUCAGCAUACAGAUGGACCUGUGAUUGGUUGUAAUUUUUGGACAAUAAAACUGAACAGCAGUUUUUUGAUCAGGUUGUCAGAAUCAUCAUGAUAACACCGGUAAUGGUGCGGCCUGCAGCAAACUACAUGAUUUUUCUGCAGCUAUUUUUUUUAUCAAAAUGAAUCCAUGACAAUUUGGCAAUCAUCAUGUUGUUUGUCAAUUAGGUUUAAUCAAAGGUCAAAUAGAGGACUUAGUGUAACAGUGUGCUGUUUGCAGCUCUAUUUACCAGUCUGGUGAUGAUAAGAACGGUGUUUACUAAUUGGAUUGUGGAUAUUCCUCUAUGAUAUAAAUGUGACAUCUGCCCCAAACAGACCUCACUGUGAGUUACCAGGGGCACAAGUGCUGAAGACCAGGCCCACAAAAAGGUGUUUUGUUUGUGUGUGUAAUCUGCUCUUGGAAACCCUCUUGGGUCAGGCACCAAUUGUGAGAAUUGAAGCAAUUCCUGACCCUCCUUUUCCUCUGCACGACUUGUAUUGAAGUCAGGCUGAAUUUUAGCUCCAUCACUUGUCAUUUGCCAUGCAGUGAAUAUGGGGGCAGGAGAGUCAAUAACGGCCCAAUCAACAGCUGCUUGUGACUGAUUGGCUGCUAGCAUGACAGGCUGCAUACUCCUGCACAGUGAAAGCAUAACCACGAGCCAAUUCCCCGACACCAGGCCUUUUUUUUUUCUCUGAUUACACUGCACAACAUGGCAGACGGCAUCUAAAAACACCAUGGCUGCCCUCACUGAUGUGAAUGCAUUGAGCAAAAUAUAAGAAAUACUUGGAAUAUGGUGCACUUUAGUAUGUCACCACUGCCCAGGAUGCUUUCAACAUUAAAUACAACAAAAAUGAAAAUGUAGAAGCUGCAUAAAAGUAGAAUUUAUGGUAAUAUGUUGUGUUGGACGGCACCAAACUGUAUAAGUAGUCAUAUUGUAUUUGCUUUAAUGAAACCAUGUUGACAAUUGUCAGUGCUCUGUCCCUAUUUAACACAUACAGUAUGAGCCAUUAGGAUGUGGCCGUACAAUGUGAGCACCACAUUUGUGAGCUUCAGUUUUGCAUUAUCAGUGUUUUGCCUGAAUAGUGUGUGUUGGUUUUGUAUACAGGUGCACAGAGUAUGGCUGGCCUUACUCCAAGAUGAACUGAAACGCUCCGUUGCUUCAAGGACAGUCACGACAGAAACUCUAUUGUGCCAUAAGGCUCAGCUCCCACACUCUUUAACUUCAAUAUAGAUACUUUAAAUAGUAUGCAGAAGUGUGAGAAAGCACAAUAAAACACAUUUAGGCUUUUUAUUAAAAUGAACAAAUGAAAUCUAUUCAUAAUUAGACCUGAAAUUCUCAUCAAAUCCAAAGAUUGUACUGUGAUAACGUAGUAUCAUGAUCCCUGAAUUGUGAAAGGUAUCAUCUCCUGAGUUGGAUGAAUCGUUAUUUUCCUGUUGAGCAUGUUUUUGUGCAUUUUUCUUCAAAUUAAAGUAAACUCUUUAUAGUCAUUUACAUAGAUUAUUGUUUGGGUGAUUUGAUUGGAAGUCUAAACCAAAUUUUUUCCCCAAGAUUUUCAACAUCUUUCUGGAGCUGUGCCACCACAACAACACACGAUUUAUUUACAUUUCUCUCCCCCCAACUUCUUUUAUGCUUGUUUCGAAAAUACACCUCUGUAAAAAAAAAUCACCUUAUUCAUGCAUUCGGUUAUAAAAAAGCAAACCUGACUUACUUUCCCAUUAGCAUACUUCUGCACACUGAGAACCCGCUCCAGUGGUGUUAUUUUGGGACACAUGAGUUGUUAGUUUAUGGCGUCAAACCACUGUAGUGUCAGCUUACAGGCUCAAAGUGCAACUUGCAUGUAGACUCCAUGUUAUUUACCAGAACAGCAAAUUCAUGAUGUUGUCCUGUUAUGUAAGAAAGCAUAGCAACAGGGUUCAGUGUCAAAAGAAAGUAAGCAAAUUAAUUUAACAGAUAGUGGAAACACUAGAUAUUAAAGUAACAUUGAUUUAGGGUGCAUGCUUUUAAUGGACUGACCUAGUUAUCCCCUGAAAGUGUAGAGUUUUGGUGCUGGUACUGUGCAGAUAAUCAAUCCUAGAAUUGAUUGAUGUAUUUGGGAGAAGAAAAAGUUUCCAGAUGUGUAUUAAUAGAGAGAUAUAUGCUAAAGGUUGAAUAUGUUUCUCCUACUCCCACUCACAGUCUUCCUCUCCCUGUCUUUCUCUCCCUCUGUAUCACUGUUAGCUAGAGGCUGUUGCCACCCACACACACACACACACACACACACACACCAUCCUGACAGCAAUUUACAUUCAGAAUAGCCCAUGUGAACGCAUCCAUGUGUUUUAAUAUGUCACGUUUACUUAAAGCACCACAUGUUGCAAGCGGCAGAUCUGUUAAAAAACUGGUAGUAUGCUUUGUAUUCCUUCGCAGGGUCAUUUAAACGUCGAUGCAGCUCUGCCUCUGAUGAGACACAAAGGAAACUGUAAUAUCUCCUUCAGUAUGAAAAGAUUCACCUCGUGGGCAGCUGAUAGGUCUUAUUAGUUCACUCUCACGCAUGUUACCAGAACCACAGUGUUGUGCAGCAUGUAACUUGGUGUUUUUUCUCUCAUCUUUAUUGUGCAGUUGUGUGCCAAUAUCUUCUACAGUUCAAGUAGAAGCCCUUGGAGUUGUUUCCAUGGAUACCAAACAAUUAGCUGGGAUUCAGAAUAGAAACCUGGAGAGUCGCCUAUUUACAGGCUUUGGGAGCAAGGAAAUCAUAGGAUGACAGAGUGUCUUGAUUCUCUGUUGCAGUGGGAAAAAAAAGCAGCUCCUUGGGGUAAUGGGUAAUUUCUAAACAAAUAGCUGCUAUGGAUCAAUCGCAGACUGAAAUAGAACAGGAGAAUGAAUACCAGCACGAGACACUGUCACGUUUUCAGGUUUAUAGGAGCAAAUGUGUCAGAAUGUAGGGGUGUAUUGUCAAAAAUAGAUCAUUUUAACAUACAGAUAGUGUGUUUUUUAGUGCGUGAUCACCUGAAGUUAAGAAUCAAGUCUAAUAAUACGCCUGUUAUCUCUCUAGGGAUGCCAGCUUAGAUAGAGCAGUAGCUUUUUAGAAGUAUGUCCCUCUUCUCAGACUCUGAUUAGCUCAUCCAUGUACAUCCUUAACCUUUAUUAGCCUCACAACUCAUGACAGAACAUAACUAACUCCCAACCAAUGAGCGCUGUGACUACGAGCCAACCAGAGGCCGAGUCAAGAUUCGUAAUCUUGCUGCUGCCAGGAAAGGUUCGGGUGAGGACUUAUCAGUCGGUUGCAAUCAGGCAUGACAUGCAUGAAUACCACUUAAUCUCUGUAAAGGUCCUUCAAGGGAUAGAUCUAAGCUCUAAAUCGGUGACAUUCAUGCCCACACUCAAACUAUGAUUUUAAGAUGCAAGCAGCUAAAAAUACACAGAGGGGUCACACAAAUGAGGCUAAUGUACCUUUAUUUCUCUCUUAUUACUGACACUAAACUCUAUGUAGAUUUAGUCAUGCUGGAUAUUUGUACUGAUUUCAAAAAAUAUCUAACUUCAUUUUUUAAUUUUUUAUCCUGCUUAAAGCUCCAGUAAGCAGUUUUUCUUAUUUACAUCUGUAGACUAGACUGAACUUCAAAUUGAUGCCCUUUUAUGAUAUCCAAAAGCAAAUAAGAUCAUCAGUAACAAGAUUGAGAGACUGUCAUUUUUAAUGCCUGAAACAAAUGUGGAAGGGUAGGUAUCAGCAGAGCAACUGAGGGAUCAGACCUGUUAUUUUACAAUUUUAACAUUAAAUAUAAUCACAUUAAAUAAUACAUUUGACCGUCAAAACUCAGCAGGAUUAGAUUAGAUAUUGUCACCUUAAUCUGUAUUUAUUCUGACCUUUAUUCUGUGAUCAAGUGUAUCUAAAAGUCAAGGUCCUGAAGUAGAUUUUAUGUCAUUCUUUUGAUUCCUAAAUCAAGAUAGUGGUAAAAGUUGCUUACUGACCUAAGGCUGUUUUGAAAUGUAUAAGAAUAGAAAUCUAAACAUGCGAUUACCAAAAGGAUUCAUAAUGAUUAGCUGUUGAAACCCUGCAAAGAAUCACAACUAAAACAAUGUUUUGAGCACCUGCUCUACUCAUAUGUGUUUCACGGUUGCAUUUCACUUACUUAUUGCAGCUUAUUUAAUGUUGGACUUUUUUGUCACAUAUAACAUUUUUUGUGCCAUUUUCAUGAAUCCAGUUUGUUAACUAUUGAUUCAGGAGAGUAUGUUCCAGGCUUUUAUUGCCCCCAUCAAACACUGGUUUGUUGUUUGUUUUUAAAAACUAAGGAAAAAACGUAAGACAUAUGCUGCGCUCGAGUUACUUCGGAAGUCAGAUGUCGGAGCUAAAAAUGACGUCACACUCGAGUUACCAGCGUUUCAGUUACCAAGUCGGAAAUCGGAGGCGGAAACAAGAUGGCUACAUCUACGAAAGAUAUUUUAGCGCUUACCUUGUCCUUGCUUAUAUUCGGACAAGCGCUAAAAUAACCUUCGUAGUUGUAGCCAUCUUGUUUCAGCCUCUGAUUUUGCUUUCUUCCGACCUACGCUGGUAACUCGGGUGUGAUGACAUUCCCAGCUCUGACUUUUGACUUCUGAGGUAACUCGAACGCAACGGUUGUCUCAAUGCUGAAAAAAAAGACUUCAGGGCCCAGAAGAAGUAAAGCACUUCAUCAUACGCCUGCUGUUGCUUGCUGUCCAACACAAGCCUCCAGUUGACGUAGAGCUGAGGAAAUCCGCACUAAUGUCCCAUGAAAAUAUGAAGCUUGUUUAUUGUGUGGUCUGUUUUUGUGGAAAACCUUUUCCAUCUCUGCUGUUGUUCUUAUAGAUAUAAGGAUUUAUAAGAUCUGUGUGGUGUUUUCCCCUCAAUGAUGCUCCUUCUUUUUGUAUUGACUUCAUCUUUUUAGCCAGCACACAGUCGUGCUCUAAAAGCUUUAGUUCUGUUUCCCUAUGGAUGACUGUCUGUACUUUUAUAGAUCCAUCCUCAUGUUCCAGAGUUUGCACAAGCCUAAAGUCAGACGAAGACUAUACAGUUCAAGAUGACUCAGUCAAGCCUGUUUCUUAUUUAGACCGUAUACAGUGCGAUAUAGCUCUCAUGCCAGUUAUUUUGUCAUUUUCCUCUGGCUUUAGACGUAAAGUUUUUCCAUUUGAAGGCCGCUAAAAAGCUUCCAAGUGUCUCUCAGUCUGUCACACUGUUGUUCUUUGUGCUUUUUUGAGGCUGUAGCUGUCUGUCCUCAUUGGUGAGCUUUGCUUACACCUACUAUUCUGCAUUGUUGCUGUGCUGGUAGCUUGUUUGUGAAUAUUAUGUGUUUGCAAUGCUUGUUCUAAUGCUAUCCUUCUUUCUGUUUGAGACACGAGCAGCUGCAAGGUAAUCGAACAACCCUGAGAUAGUGCACACUAUUGUACUGUUAAGAAUGUGCCAAUUAUAUGUCGACAUAGUAGAACAGGGUUAAUAUAUCAUGACAUUAUGGUCCAUUAUGGUCCAUUAUGGUUGUGUGUUCAGGAGAGCUGUAUUGUACUUGUUUUUUUUUUCCUUUUGCAACUUAUUUUCAUUUGAUUUUAAAAGGUCGAUCAAGCUCAAAAUGUUAAUUGUCAGAAUUUUUAACACAUUUUUUACUAGAUGUCAUUAAGUUAUUCACAAUAUAAACAUGGAUGAGCUCAAAAGAAAUUUACAUUUUUUCAGAUUUUAUACUAUUUUCCAAUUUGUGGCUUAAUUGGCCAAACUUAUGUAAAACAAUCAUUGUUCUAUUUGUGUGAGCAAACUCUAUUUAGAUGAGCGCAAGAUAGGAAAAAGUUACCCUGUUACAGCCAUAUGCGAACACAAUGGAUUGACGCACAGCAUCUGACUCACAGUCUGUUUUCAAAACCUUUAUUUUCUGUGAUAUGGGUGGUAUUAAAUUCAGAGAAAGGUGUAUGAAAUAGAAAAAGGUUAAACAGAAAUAGGAUAGAAAGUAAAGUGUAUUAAAACUGGAAUUGGUGUCUUGGUUUUUUGUUCAUAUUUUCGAUGUUCCCCUCAUUUUUUGUCUCUGUACGGCACUCUUCUUUCAUAGACCAAUCUCGCAGGGCAAGUUUUGCCUCUGUAAGGCAGUCAAGCAUGGAAACUCCUCCAAAUGCCACCCCACAGCCCUUCAGACAGCCGGUGAGUACAGCACUGUCAGUCACAUCCUCCUCAUUCAUACAUCGACUUUCUGCUCACAUCCACUUUUCUUCCUUUUUAAUCCAGUAGUUAGGACAAGUGUUAUAUUUUCUAAUGUCUUUUGUUUUUCCUCUUAUUGAAUGUUUAGAGUUUUCUCAAUCGAAGGUUGAAGGGCUCCAUCAAGAGGGCCAAAAGUCAGCCCAAACUGGACCGGACCAGCAGCUUCAAACAAAUGAUUCUGCCCCGGUUUCGGAGUGCCGACCAAGAGAGGUAGAUAACCUUCACUGCAGUAACUGCAUUAUGGAAUCAGUUGUGCAUGUGCAGCACUUAAAGGGAUAUUCUGGCGUAAAAUUAAUUCAGGGUCAGACACACCAUAACACCGAGUUUGACACCCUGUCGAGAGAUGAAUGUUGCUGAUCGCUUGCUUUUCUAGUGAUACCAACUUUACUAACGAACGCACGAUAGCAAUACACAGUGUUCUCAGGAGCCAUAAACAAACCUCAACCAAAACGCCACUCUUUAGCCACAAAAAAUGCUCAGAACAGCACCUAACUUCAUCAACAGUACAUAUAGGGUCCCAGCCAUAGUACUGAUCAUUUCUUCAUGGAAAUGCAAUCAGACCGAGACGCUAAGGCAGAAGAACUGCUGCGUCUACAGUGCAAAAUGAUUAAUUUGGUGAUUAUUGCUUCAAGGAAAUGAUAAAGUAAUGAUCAUAAAUGUUCUUCCUUGAGCUGUGUCACCCCGCUGCAGUCCGUAAUAGACUGGCCCAAGGUCUCAUUACAAACAAGCAGCUGCUGGAAGAGAGUAGGUGAGUUGUGUUUAGUCUCUUUGCUCAAGAAAUCAGGCAAAGUUAAAAAGAUGUUUGGUGGCUAGUGCUGUGGUUGGGACCUUAUAUGUACUGUUGAUGAAGUUAGGUGCUGUUCUGAGCAUUAUUUGUGGCUAUAGAGUGGCGUUUUGGUUGAGGUUUGUUUAUGGCUCCUCAGACCGCUGUGUAUUGCUAUCUGCGGUUGUUACUAAAGUUGGUAUAACUAUAGAAGCAAGCGGUGAGCAACAUUCAUCUCUCGAUGGGAUGUCUAACUCGAUGUUACGGUGUGUUUGACUCUAAAUUAAUUUUACGCCUGAAUAUCCCUUUAACUGCAUUACGAAAUCAGUUGUGCAUGUGCAGCACUAAAGAUGAAUGUCCUCCAAUAGGAUAAUCAUGUGCAUCACAUUGCGUUGUAUUCAGUUCAAGACAAGGUCAGUGGUUUUCCUGAGUCAGAGGCUGGAAUCAUGUCUCAUCAAUGUGCAAAAGUCAGGAAACACAAGGGUUGGGUUGCCAGUUUAUCACCAGUCUGCAAGUUACUUGAAAAAGCAUCUAUUUCAAACAUCUAUAAUUAAAAGACUCGCUAAUUACAUUUAUGGUGAGAUCAUACAGAAAUGAUUUGAUCAGAUGAAAUGAAACAUGAAGAUGAUUACAGCAAUGACUCUUUGUUCCUCUGGACUGUGGGAGGAAACUGGAGCACAUUGCAGAAACCCACACAAUGCCAGCAAGAAUCUUCACACUCCUUUCAGACAGAACCUGAGACCAGUCAUCAUUUUUAGAUUUUUGAUGACAUUUAUUUGAUUGAUGACAUGUUGACGUGCAAAGUGAAGGCAACCAAUCUAAGUCUCUGUAUGCAUGUUUCGGGAACAUCAGUAAGCUUUGACACCAACAAUCAGAUUUUUCCUUCUGCUGCUUUGUGUAACUUCAUCAGGAUGACUGUAACUACCUUAAAAGUCGCCUCUCGCUCUGUCUGCCCAAGGUUACAUAACUUUCUGAGCUGCAUCCAUGCAUUUUAUUAACACAGUUAAUUACUCAUUUCCAGUUGUUUUCCAUCUCCUCACAUUUUUCUUCCAAUUCUGGGAUAACAAAUCUGUUUUUCAGAUGAAAGGAAUUAAUUUAUCCGACGAUCUCAAGCUUGUUUUUCCAUAACGAGAUAUUUUUUGAUGAUCUGGGAAAAAAUCAUAGACUGAUCUGGAGUGGGUCAGACCAUAACAUGCCAUGCUACGAUUACUGCACACAGAAGUGGGAAUUUGUAGGGAUGUCCUGAUCCACUAUUGAUAUUGGAUAUUAGUACGAUAUCAGUGAAAAAAUGAAUAUCGGAUUAUAUGGGCCCACAUCUCAAAUCUCUGAUAUAAGCACUCAAAUACAAGCAAUCCAUUUCAGAGGCACAUCUAUCUAGCAGUGCCCGGAUCUAGCAUGCAGAGCCCACGUGAUCACAAAAAACCACUGAAAUGUAAAAGUAAAAUGUUGUGUCAUGCCCUGCCUUAUUUUUAUAAUGAAACUACACAAUUGGCUGAAGGCUAUUACAAUGAAAUAAUUUGAAAGAAGUUGAAGAAAUAUUAAUCAAUAGAUAUUUAUGUUGUAUGACUGUCAUUUCAAACCUGUUUUAAAGAAGGCUGUUAUUGUAAUAGUAAAAGUAAUGAUAAUUCUGACGUAGCAGGACAAUCACAGGUGUAAAAGAUAUCAUAGGUAGCAUAUACUGUAUGUCUUACUGGGAAACUUGUUAAGAUUUAGAAAUGUUUGUGUUUCGAGUUACUUAUGCGGCACCUAAGGAACAAUAUCUACAUUUGUGAAUAUUGUUGUAUGGUCUUGAUUUAAAAAAAAACCUUGUUAGAUGUUCAGGUAAUUCUUAAUAUUACAGGUUUUGUUAUUUAUAGUUGGGAGGCAACUUACAAGAUCUUAAAAGAUGCUUAUAGACUUAUAAAAGAGUCUAUGUAAGUGUCAAUAAAAGCAUAAAUAACACUUUUGUUAUUGCUUAACAGACAUUUAAAAACUCUCAUUAGAAACUUGUUAACAGUUUUUUUGCCUGUCAUGAAAAUUAAUGAGAGGUUUAUUAAUACUAAAUAGACCUUAUAAGGGUUUAUUAUUGACUAAUAACUAUAUUUGUUAUUGACUUGUAACACACCCAUGGGGAACUUCUUACAAUAGAUAGCUUUUAAAAUUGAAUACAGUGUCCAUCAACAUGAACAUAGUUGUAUGAAUCUUAAUCAAAAUCAUAACUAACUUUAACAAAUGAAUAGUGAAGAUGACAGUUUGCAGGGGAAAUGUUAUAUUGUAUAACUUGAGUUUAUUGAAUUUGUAGGUAAAAUGGCCGCUCUUCAUCAUUUCCACCCUUAUAUAAAUCCUGCAAGAAUUAAAAACGAUGUCCUAGUUUUACAUUUUCAUCAUCAGCACAUAAAGAAUAAAACCAUAAAACUCUUGAAUUGAUGUUGUCUUUGUAAAAGAUAUUAUUUUCAAAAAUCUGAUUAACACUGCGCCCUUAUUUCUUAUAUUCCAUCAAAGCAGGAUAUGAAAGCUUGCAGCUCUUGAGGGUCUCAUGGUGGUGUUGUUUGUUUUUUUGUUUCAUACUCUGACUCGAGGUCACGUCCCAGAAGAUCUCUGCUUGCACUGGUAACCAAAUUUUUUGCAGCCUUCACACAAUCCAGUCAUGAUUCUCAUAUGGGAAAUGUAAAGAGUGGCAGAAAGUAAAAAUGCGCUGCUGACAGUACACUUUCCUCUCACCACAGGAGAUGCAUAAUGAACAGUUUUCGGCCAGGUGCGGAUGUCGGAGACUCAGGGAUGUGAAAUGUGUCGUUUAGGAAGGGAUGUUGAGAAAUCCUUUGUUCAAAAAUGCAGGAUGAGCCAAUGCAGAACCCUAGUUCAAACGUUUAAAUGAAUAAUAUAUAAACCCGAGGGGAUUGCUGGAGCCAGCACUGAUGGGGGUAGCUUAAUGGUGUUGGGGUAAAAGCGACUUUCUACCUCAGACUGUGUGCAUUCCCCCUCUUACCACAGCCUUCCUCCUGCUCCCACCGCUGCUUCAGACAGCUGCCUUCACAGCCUGCUUUGAGUUCUGCCCACACACGCUUAAUUCACUCGGUAGUGUUAAGUUGACUUUGCUAUAAACCCUCAGCAUCCAACUUCACACUGUAGCUUUCCAACGCAGCUGCUGUUCCUCUUCUGCCAAGUCGGUGUACCAAAGCAUUUUUGAUGUACUUUCAGCUUCUCAAAGUAAACGCUUCCCUGCACCUCUCAACAGCGUUAAACCUGCCCUUAAAUUAGUCCUCCUCAUCUGCUGUAUGAUUAUCAGAUGUUUCUUCAAAGUUGCACCUCUCUCUCUUUCAUGUUCAAAGCUAUUAUCACAUGUGGAGCAUGCUAGCUCCAGCUUCUUCUAAGUGUAGAUGAGGACCACAUUUACUGCUAAAUUGUUCGUAAAACUAGUUCCAGAAGAUUGCACAUUAAUUAUUCAGCUUUUAAAAAAUUGCAAGUGGGAGUUAAGAUAAGGAGAUUAAUACCGCUUUCAAAUUUCUCUGUUCGCAAGAGCCAGCAGGCUAAUUUAGCGUAAUGGCAAGAAACAGAAGGAAAAUAGCUUAAUUUUCCCUCUAAUAUAAAAAUUAAAUAGUUUCUAAUCUUGCUUUUACAAUCUGAAAGUAAUUGGGCACAGUUGUAACAGGAGCAUCCCAUCUUCAUCUUUGUGAGUGAAGCACUUUGUAGCACUCAGCGAGUCAAAGCAGCAGGAAAAUAAACUUCCCUUGAAGGUGGGGUAGGCAGGAUCUGAGGAAGUGACAGUAUUUGGGAGAAAUCUUGAAUGUAAACUCUACCCCUUAAAACCAGUUUUCCCCUCAGCUCCUCCUCUCCCCUCCCUCUCUGCUUCAACAAGCCCCGCCCACAAACAGACGCUCCUGCUCGCUCGUAUCGUUUCAAUUAAAUUCAGAUAUAAUGCAGAUGAAUACUUCAGAUAAUUACAAAUGGGGCCCAGUCAACGUGAAAGUAAAAAGCAUUGGUGCUACUGUAGAUGCCAACAGACUACCAGCAAACACAAUGUUUGCAGGACUUCUACAACUAGGAUGAAGUGACAUACCUCAGGACCCAAGGUCAACAGUUUAGCGGCGCUACAACACGCAGCAGGUUCCGUUUGACAGCAGAAAGGUUACGGUAAGAUCCUGAAGCAUCUCCUAUCGUUUUAGGUUGACCGGGCUUCUUAGCUCUUGUCCGGUCUACCUCCUUUUUAGGCGCCCGUUAUUCCGCCAGAGUCUCCGAUAUUUACUUUGUUUUCUUGCUUGUGUUGGCGGUCGUGGCCAAAGGAGGAUUCAGACAAUUUCCAUAAGGUUUCUACUAUCAAAUAUUGUAGCGCGUUAACUUUGUUUGGGCUCCUGAACGACACGGUGGAGCAGCGUCUGCCUCACAACCAAUCAGGUCGGGGAAGGCGGAGAAAGGCUUUUCUUUCAGUCAGACAGAGCGGACCGCUCAAAAAUUUUAAAAUGUUGACUACAUAGACAUAACAAAACACAGCGAUAUCGUGAUACUCCCAAAUGUCAUCAAUAAUUAAUAGAUACUGACUGAUAUUAAAAGCUUAUUUGUAAAUACACCACAAGAGAAGAUGCUUUUUUAAUGGAAUCCUGCCUACCUCACCUCUAAACAGGCAGACACCUCGAGCAGAACCAGAUUCACGUUGGACAGUCAUCUGCUGAGACUGCAUUUGGUUUAUUACAAGCUCAAAAUAAAGACUUGUCUGACUGUAACAAAUAAAAAGAACUGCAAAUGCAACACGCAAGUCUUCUUAUGAAUUUCUUUCAAAGACAGGGUUAUAAAUAAUAAACAGGAAAAUUGACAUAAUCAGGUUUGUACCAGAUUUCUCAUUCUGUGCAGAUUUAAUCUUAUUAUUCGGUGGCUUAAGCUUCAUGUUGUCCAGCACCACAUCUCCAGCAUCACAGGCUGGCAUUUUUCUGAGUGAAGCACUUUGUAGCACUCAGCGAGUCAUAGUGGCAAGAAAAAAACGUCCCUUAAACAGGCAGAAACCUCGAGCAGAACCAGAUUCAUAUUGGACAGUCAGCUGUCGAGACUGCAUUUGGUUUAUUACAAGCUGGAAAUAAAGACGAAUAUGACUGUAAUGAAUAAAAAGAACUGCAAAUGCAACAUGAAAUCUUAUGAAUUUCUUUCAAAGAGUAUUUCAAAGAUAGGGUUAUAAAUAAUAAACCAGAAAAUUUGACAUAAUCAGGUUUGUACCAAAUUUCAUCUUAUGUGCAGAUUUAAUCUUAUUAUUCGGUGGCUUAAACUUCAUGUUGUCCAGCACCGCUCUAAAGGAGAGGACCAAUAAUUCUCUCAUAUAUCUGAAGAAGUGGAGUUUCCCUCGCUCUAGUUUUUCAAUUGCUCCUCUGACCUUACUCCACUUGAGUGACAGUCUCUCCUCGCCUUUUUGCCUCCAUUUCCACCACAACCUUUUCUUGAGAGGGGACCCCACUUCCAAAGAUUACCCUAUGAUCAGUCCUCUGUGCUUUUUUAUAACUGCAGACUAGCCCCGCUGAACUGCUCGGCUUAAGUAUUCUCCUCAUAUAACACGGAAGGCAAUACUGUGGGCUGCUUCCUAACAUGCAGAAUGAGUCACAUGUGUCGAGUCAACGGUCCAAGCUGCGGGAAACCAGAACUGAAAAUCUGGUUGUCAUAUCUUUCCCAUAAACUCAUUAUAAAAGGAUCAAAUCUCUGAAAUCAGCCAGAAAUAGAAGCAGCAGCAGUGAUGACUGAGCUGCAGUGACUCAAUUUUGUGUUAUAUGAAACCAUCUCUUUUAGUAAAGAGCAAUCCAGCAAACAUAUAAAGAUCAGUGUUUAUCUUGAAUUAGGAAAGUAAUAGAUCUUUUCUUCUCCUUCUCUCACCAGGACACGGUUGAUGCAGAGCUUCAAAGAGUCACACUCGCAUGAAUCCCUGCUUUCUCCGAGCAGUGCUGCAGAAGCUUUGGACCUAGUUUUGGACGAGGACGCCAUAAUCAAACCUGUCCACUCCAGCAUUUUAGGACAAGAGUACUGCUUUGAGGUGCUCGUAGUUGACAGAAUUCAUCCUAACCUAUUAAUGGACAUAUUUAAGAAUGAAAUGUGUGCAUCUACUGGAAAAUAAAAGUUAACAUUUGGUUAGAGAAUCCACAGACACUUCCUCUUCUCUGAAUUAGACAAAUGAAGCUUCUUAGCGGUUUAUGGAGUUCAUGCUGGAAAGAUUAGCAGAGCGAUUAAAAAAUUAAUAGAGAGGGAUUUCGGAUCAUAUAAUCCUCUUUAGUCUUAUAUCCGGAAAUUCUUUGGUUGCGAUUUUAAAAUGUGAGAACAUGCUGUAUUCCUCCAACCUUUACAACUGUAAAUUAAGUUUGUUUAAUUCAGGGCAAAAAGGCGUUUUUUAAGAGCUUGUCUUGGGCGUUUAACUAAAAGAUUAAGACGAAUUAAACAGAUUUUUAUUAUUUUGAAAACUGUAAAACCAUUUCUAUCAAAAAGGACAGAUUUGAGAUGAACACGUUUAAUAAAAAUGAGAAGAAGUGACUGAAAGGUAGAGAAACAGGGUUUGACUUGGAUGUAUGAUGACAGGAAUAAAAGCAUGAAGGACUCCAAGCAGCGUGAACCCGACUGAGCUUCACUUUUCCUGCAGGUGACCACCAAUUCAGGGACAAAAUGUUUCGCCUGCCGCUCGGCCUCUGAAAGAGACAAGUGGAUUGAGAAUUUGCAGCGAGCCAUCAAACCGAACAAGGUAGACAUAAUAUUUAUUUUUCACUCUGCAGAAUUAUUUAGACACCCUGUGACCUCUUUGAUCACAAGAUCCAGGGUGUAAUGUUCAGAACCAACAUGAAUAAGGACUGUUAUAAUGCAGUAACAGGACUCCCCGUUUCGUUUCCAGGAUAACAGCAGACGGGUUGACAAUGUGCUCAAACUGUGGAUCAUCGAAGCUCGAGACCUACCGGCUAAGAAACGCUAUUAUUGUGAGCUGUGUUUGGAUGACAUGCUGUACGCACGCACCACCAGCAAACCCCGAACCGACACUGUCUUCUGGGGCGAGCAUUUUGAAUUUAACAAUUUGCCUACCAUUCGUAGCCUUCGUUUGCACCUCUACAAAGAAACGGACAAAAAGAGACGCAAGGUAAAGAAUUUAGUUUGUGUAAUAAUGUUCAGUGAUACGAUUAUUGACUAUUUUAGUUAUUAUUGUUAUUUAAAAAAUUUUAAUUAAUUUUUCAAAUGCAAAAACAAACACAUCCACAAAUAUCCAUAAAAGGGCACAACAUACAGACUUCAUACAUACUAAAGCUCCAAUGAUAAAAAGUGUUUUUUUUUUUACAUAGAUUUAGAGCAGGGGUGGGCAUUUAAUUUUUACAUGGGGCCACAUGAGAAACCUGAACUGUGUUGGAGGGCCGAACCAACAAUAACUUCAACCUCAAAUCAGGGGGGUUCACACAUACAGAAAAACAAGCCCGAAUAAGCAACUACUAGUUAAAAACAAGCCCAAAAAAUGAGUUUUACAAGCGACUUCUGAGAGAAACAAGCUUAAAGUCUUUUAUAAUAAGCGGACUUGGCAACUCUAAGGCAUCUACAUAUAUUUUGCUGAUGUUUAAACUCGUCUCUGUUUACAAAUGCAGAUCUAGGAUGUACACAAGUGUGUCCAAACGGAUAUAAAACAAUGGCUAGGUUUUAAAAAAUAAAAGCGACACACUUUUAUAGCAUGUUGAUGAUUUGAUUGACGGACCUCACGAAGGGCCGUAUGUGGCCCUCUGGCCGUCAAAUGCCCAGGUGUGAUUUAGAGGAAUCACAUAUUUAAGUUCCAGCAUCUCAAUCUUUUGACGGAUCCUCUGAUUAAGUACUUAAACUUCUCAAGCUUCAAAUGUGCCAUCACGUCUCCUACCCAUCGCCUGGCUGACUUCCAUUUAAAUAAAAUAAGGUGUCAAGCCAGUAAAGAGGAAAAAGCCGUAACUUCUGGCCUUAGACACCCCUAUCUGAUCAGAGACCACACCAAAAUUAGCUGUUUCUGGGUCAGGGCUGAACUCCUUGCCACAGAUAUAAGAGAACGUCUCAAAUACAGAGGACCAAAAUGUUAUUAAUUUUGGACAUGACAUCGAGAACAAGUUGGGUCAACAUCUGGAUAUAUCCCGGCAAGCCUACUCCUAGAAAGGUGAAGCCUAGACUAUUUUAAUUUUUGAACAUUUCUUUUGUUGACGCAGGAGAAAAGCACAUAUCUUGGCCUCGUCAGCAUCCCCAUCUCCAGCAUCACGGGCCGGCAGUUUGUCGAGCAGUGGUAUCCGGUGAUCCAGUCCAGUGUGUUGGCCAAAAGCGGCGGUGUUGGAAGCGCCAAAGUGAUCAACGCCUCACUCCGCGUUAAGUCACGCUACCAGACAAUGAAUAUCCUCCCGAUGGAGCUGUACAAGGAGUUUGCGGAGUACAUUACCAACAACUACAGAACACUGUGUGCAGUUCUUGAGCCGCUGCUGAGUGUGAAAAGCAAAGAGGAGGUGGCGUUUGCUCUGGUGCACAUUCUGCAAAGCACAGGGAAGACAAAGGUUAACAAGGCGUCAAAUGUGUUCCCAUAAAGAAAUGCUAUCUUCCAUCUGUCAGCUCUCUGUAUGCUUCUAGCCUGAACUGUAAACAUAAUCUCUUCUCAGGAGUUCCUGUCAGACAUGGCGAUGUGCGAGGUGGAUCGAUUCAUGGACCGUGAGCACUUGAUCUUUCGGGAGAACACGCUGGCUACAAAGGCCGUGGAAGAGUACCUCAAACUGAUAGGUCACAGAUACCUCAAGGAUGCUAUAGGUGAGGCUGCUGCAGAUGAAUCCGAGAGCACAACUCCAUCUGCUUGGAUGAAAACCUCGCCUGAAGCUUAAAUGAGAUCAGAUACUUGAAUGAAGUGUUGUCAGGGGAGGAUAAAUUCCAGCACUGUUAACUGUUGAAUUGUUUGAUCUUUUUGACAUUUUUGAAAUUGGCUGAAAUUCAUAUUGAUGCCGUUUAAUGGUAUUUAAAAGCAUCAAAGGGCAUCAGCGGUUGACCAACUGAUGCGAGGGGGUAUGUGUAAAUCAACCAGCUUUAGAAACAUCCUUGUUUUUACACAUAAAAUAUCCACAAUGAUACUUUUUAGCGUCAAAGACCAGCAGGAUGAGAUUUUAUUUUGUCAAAAGACUCUUCUGAAGUAAAAGUCAAGAUAAGCAGACUGCUUUGUCCACAGAGGGAUGCAAAAAUUGGCACAAACCAAAAGUAAAACAAUAAAAAAACAACCAGCAGAAUGUCAUUUGAAGUUUUUUUGUUGAUGCACAUAGUCCUUUGUAACCCACCAGGAAAAGAAAGAACAACCUUUAACUUUAACUAUCGUGUGUUUUUAUUUUUGAGGGUUUUAUUCGACCAUUUUUCCAAAAAGUUUUUGUUUUCUAAGAAGUUGGGACUUCAAAUUUGAGCUUAAAUCGACUUUUUUUUAUACAUCGGGAUGAUCAUUUUAUUUUUUUUAGUUUAAUUUCUUUCUCUCUCCCUAAUUUUUUUAAAAUAUGAAUUUAUUUCUGAUUGCCUUGAGUGGUACAGUAAAUGCACUUUUUUUUGUUGUUCUUGUUGAAACAUGAUUUGAAAGACUGAGUGAACGUUUUUGUUAUUUUCAAACUGCAGGUGACUUUGUUCGAGCUUUAUAUGAAUCUGAGGAAAACUGUGAGGUGGAUCCAAUGCGAGUCCCUCCAUCAGUUCUCGCUGACCAUCAAGCCAACCUUCGCAUGUGUUGUGAGCUUUUACUCUGCAAGAUUAUCAACUCCCUCUGGUGGGUUUUCUCUUAUUUCUCCCAUAACUUAUAAUAAUAUGUUGGUUCUUUGUUUGUAUAUAAAAUAUUUCUUCCUAUCUGGUGUCUACUUUGGUCCAUGUCAGUCACUUUAAUCCAACAUCUCACAUUUCCUAAAGACAGUACAGAUCUUCUUUGUGCUGUAGUAAUGUUUCCUUUAUUCAUGAGGGCUUUGGAUACGCUGCUGUCGUUUUAUUUUGCUGCUCUUUUUUUAAGCGUGUAACAAAAUAUUCUUAUUUCAGCAUAUUUCCUCGGGAGCUGAAGGAGGUCUUCGCCUCAUGGAGAGCCAGAUGUGCUGAGCGUGGCAGAGAGGAUCUGGCCGACAGCCUCAUCAGCUCCUCCCUUUUUCUCCGCUUCAUGUGCCCGGCCAUCAUGUCGCCCUCCCUGUUCAACUUAAUGCAGGAGUACCCAGCUGAACGCACGUCCCGCACACUCACUCUGAUCGCCAAGGUGAUGCAGAACCUGGCCAGCUUCAGCAAGUGAGUCUCUGCCCGCGCCCGUCCUCCCACACUGUGUCACAAUAACAUGAGUUACUUAAUUUUGAGAUGUCUGAAUGUUAGAUGACAUCCUGAACAUCCAGUUAGGUGGGCUGAAUGUCUCAAAGUAUUAUCACAAGGCUCUCAACUGUGCCUUAUUGGUUUCUAUCUUCACAAUGUGCAUUUUUUAUAUAUAUUUAAGCGUUUAAGAUAAAAUAAGAUAAGAUAAGAUGUUGCUUUGAUAGUCCCAUGGGGGGGAAAAUUCCAAAUUUACAGCAGCAUAUUACAGACACAAAAAGAGAAAAUUAAAGGAUAAAGAAACUUUGAGUUAAAAAAGAUAUGUACAUGAGUCAUAUUUACGUGUGUACAGAGUAUAAAUAAUAAUUUUAUUUUUUAUUUAAUUUUUUACUGAAGUGAAAAGGCAUUUUUUAACUGGAAAAAAAUGUAUUCGUAUUGCAGUUUCUCUAGUUUUCUUAUCAUUUAAAACAGUUUUACAUUACGUGUCGUAUUCCCCCUGACAUUAGGAACAUUGACUCACUCUCCAUCUUCUAAUCUCGUCUCAAAACUGCAUUUUUUAUUGAUUUUACUAUUCUACUGAUGUGUCUUUUAAUUGCCCUGUAAGGUGUCCUUGAGUGCCCUGAAAGGCACCCACAAAUAAAAUGUAUUAUUAUUUUACGAUUAUUAUUUAUUCAGGUUAGGCAUUCUUCCCAAAGACAUUUUGGUAUUCGGGUCUAGGGGUCUAACCUCCUGAUAGAGAGAUGACUGACUCCACUUCUGAGCUACAGCCUCCCCUGUUAAUUCAAAGACCUUGUAACUUGUCAUAUGACAGUCCUCAAAUGAAACAUAUGGUUCAAAAUGACUAGGAAAAAUGGUUAGUAAGUUUUAUUUACAUUCAUUAAAUUUAUUUACAGUCUAAAUUCCCUAAAAGUUUGGGUGCUUUUUAAAAUGUUAAUAACAUGAAUUUAAUGUCAAAUCAUUUAAAACUUUAUAUGAUUGAAAAUAAAGCAGAGAAAACACAUCACUUGUUGAAAGUAAAAGGUCUUAUUGUUUUGGACUGAGUAAGGAAUCUCAUUUUCUUUCAACAACACUUGACUGAGUGUCUUUCUUAUCAAUCACCUGCCUAUGUUAAAUACUUGAUUCUGAUUGGUCCAAACCCUUUUGACAAUGGGCGACAAUAGAUGUUAUUGUAAACAUUACAUUCAGCAACUUAUUUUAUUAUUAUUUUUUCUGAACUGCAGCCGUGGUUACUCUUAGUGCCGGUCACCACAGCCUCAAGGUCAACAGAGUUAUUUACAGAACACAGACUGAAAGAGCUUUUGUGUGUUUUUUUUCCUGCCGUGGUUCAUAAUGCGCAAUAAAUAACCCCGUUGAAAGGAAAUAUCCACUUUAGAACAACUGCAACAAGCACUGACAGAAUUAGCAGAGCACAGCUUGUACCACUCUGUCCCCAAGGGAUGCUGGGAUUGCUUCUUUGAAAUAUCAAAAGUUAGUUAUAGGUUUUCUGAUGCCUUUGAUGGUAAUUUAUUAAAGGAGUGGGUCAUAUUUUGAAAAAAGACAACUCUGGAGGCCCCACAGUCAUCAACAUAGAUGUUUAUUAACUCAAGGUCCUCUUCAGUUUUCUUGUUUUAUCUGCUCACGAUAAGCAAGGGCAGAAAAUCAUUUAAAGUCAUAUUGUGGUGAAGGUUCUUUUUUAUCAUAAAUUUCAGCUUUCGUGAUCAAUUAUGAGAAAGCUAAAUAAAAGCUAAAGUCAAGCUAGAGUCAUGACCACCAGGAAAUGAUCAAUGGAAACCUGGGGGACAUUUAAAGUGGGAAAUAAAAACACAAAGACACGCACUGGCUGAAUAUUUUUAUCUCACAGUCACAGUAAAAGAGACUCAAGCUCCCGUCAUCUUCUUCUCUGCCUGUAUAGACUGUAUUUGUCAUCCCCUGUUAUCUUUUCCGAACAGAUUCGGACCAAAGGAGGAGUAUAUGUAUUUCAUGAACGAGUUCCUGGAGAUGGAGUGGGGCUCCAUGCAGCAGUUCCUGUAUGAGAUUUCCAACAUGGACACUGGAGGAAACGCGGGAGGAUUUGAGGGCUACAUCGACCUUGGCAGAGAACUGUCGAUGCUGCACAGCUUACUGUGGGAGGUCAUGGGUCAGCUUAGCAAGGUGGGUAAGAAAUAAAAUAAAAUAGAAAUGGUGGAUUGAAGACUACUUGCACUCUCUCUCUGGUACUGGAGUGUAGAGAGUUGGAAAUGAGUCUCUACAGCUCUCCAUCAGUCAGACGUAGGAUCAAGGUUGUUGAAAUCCAUCAAAUCUCUGCUGGAAUUGAACCUUUAUGUUAACUCCAGCGCUUACAGGGUUAAUUCAUCAGACCUGCUGUGGUCAUGAUAGAUUUCAAGCUCAGACUUAUCUUGUUUUCUCUGAUUGAAAUACUUCUAACGUAGUGUUCUCUUGUAUUGUUUUACUAUCCUUUGAGGCAUUUUUCUGUGUUUGUUGAAUUAAUAACUAAAUGAAUCUAAUUUUUGUAUUAAGUGUCUGACCCUGAGGUUAUGAAACAUUAACUGCAUUGUGAUUUGGCAAAAAAUAGUUCAUGAAAGUGAAAGCUAUCCAGUUUCUUCUCUUCAAACACAAACUAUAAUCUAAGAUUUGGUUAUCAGGUAAUACAGAUUACCAAUCCCGUACCGUGAUCUCCUCAUAAAGAGAUGGAAUAUAUAAAGUUGACAAAUGUAUCAAACUUUUUCCAUUAAAUGCCUUAAAAUGACGUACUGAUGCAUUUAAAGCUGUAAUGGUCAGCUGUAAUUUCAAGUUCUUAUCCAGCUGAUGUCUUCACAAUUCAAUAAUGUGAAAAAAAUGAGUGUGAAUCGGCAACAUAUAGCCAAUCUUCUCAAUAAGGUCAGCUGUGAUACCUAGAGACUGGAUCAGAUUAGCCCUCGUCCCUGUCAUAAUGAUGAUAAUGAGUUCAGUAAUCACCCGGACCAUGGCAGAGUCUGUGUGAGAGUUAUUAUUCCCUUUGUCCUCCUGUAAAGUCUCAAACAACAGAGGAAAGGUCAUUAGCAGAAGAGGUGAGCACUUUUACCUCCUAGAAUAGAAUAGAAUAGUCCUUUAUUGUCAUUGUAACCAGUACAACGAAAUUAAAAAAGUGCCAGACAGUCAGUGCAUCAUUAAAAACAAAUACGGUAAUAAAUAGCAGUUCUAAAUAAAUAAAUAAGUUCCGAAUAAAUAAAGUAAAUGAGUAAAUAGGUAUUCAGUCACUUCCUUAAGGCAUUGAGGGUAGUUAUUGCUGACGGAAAAAAACUGUUUUUAAGUCUGUUCGUUCUGGAUCUGAUUGUCCUAUAGCGUCUGCCUGACGGCAAAAGUUCAAACAGGAGGUGACCAGGAUGGGAGGUGUCUUUGAUAAUGUUCUGGGCUUUUUUAGCACAGCGAGCGCCAUGAAGGUCGUCCAGUGAGGGAAGGGGGCAACCGACAAUCCUCUGGGCUGUGUUGACGACCUGCUGGAGAGCCUUUCUCUGGGCCACAGUGCAGCUGUUAAACCAUACACAAAUGCAAUAUGUAAGAAUGGCUUCGAUGGAACACCUGUAAAAGGACACCAACAGUCUCUGUGUGAUGUUAUUUUUCCUGAGGACCCUCAGGAAGUGGAGACGCUGUUGGGCUUUUUUAAUCACCUGUGUGGUGUUUACAGUCCAGGUCAGGCCCUCCUCAAUCUGAACACCCAGAAACCGGAAGUCUGACACCUGCUCCACACAAUCCCUGCCGAUGAUGAGUGGUGUGAUGUCAGUCUUUAUCCUCCUGUAGUCAAUCACCAGCUCCUUCGUUUUUGCUGUGUUGAGCUGGAGGUUAUUCUCCCCACACCAUGCUGCCAGAUGUUCAACCUUGUUCCUGUACGCAGACUCGUCUGCCCCAGAGAUGAGCCCCACCACCGUGGUGUCGUCUGCAAAUUUGACAAAGGUGUUGUUGUGAUGUGUGGGGACGCAGUCGUGUGUGUAAAGGGUGAACAACAGGGGACUCAGCACGCAGCCCUGUGGCGAACCGGUGCUGAGGCUGAGGGCCGUUGAUGUGUGAUGGCCCACUCUCACCCUCUGGGUGCGACAGGUGAGGAAGCUGUUGAUCCAUAUGCAGGUGGGGUGAGGAAUGCCUAGAUUGACCAGUUUGUUCAGCAGUUUGUGAGGAAGUAUGGUGUUAAAAGCAGAGCUAUAGUCCACAAAGAGCAUCCGUACGUAGCUCCCCUGCUGCUCCAGGUGGGACAGUGCAGCAUGGAGGGCUGAGGCAAUGGCGUCUUCUGUGGAUCUAUUUGCCCUGUAUGCAAACUGGUGAGGGUCAAGGCUUUUUGGCAGGUGUGAUGUGAUGUGACCCCGGACCAGCUUUUCAAAGCAUUUCAUCACCACCGGGGUGAGAGCGACUGGCCGGUAGUCGUUGAGGCUGGAGAUAUGAGGUUUCUUGGGCAGGGGGACGAUGAUGGAGGACUUCAGGCAUGGUGGAACACUAGACUCGGCCAAGGACUGGUUGAAAAUCCUUGUGAAGACUCCGGCGAGCUGUUCCGCACAGUCCCUUAACACACGCCCGGGCACUCCAUCAGGCCCAGCAGCCUUCCUUGGGUCCACGGCGCGCAGGGUACGUCUCACCUCAUGUUCUGUGAGGGUGAAGUUGCUGUGUACCAUGGGGUGUGGUGUGGCUGCCUUGGGUGGUUCCACCUCGAAACGUGCAAAGAAGGUGUUUAGCUCCUCUGCCAGCGAGGCCUCACCCUCAGCUGCUCCCAAGGUGGAUUUGUAAUUGGUGAGCUGCUGGACUCCCUGCCACACCUGCCUGCUGUUGUUACUUUCCAGGUGUGCCUCAAUCCUCCUCCGGUAGUCCGACUUGGCCCCUUUGACGCCUCUCUUCAGGUCAGCCCGGGCCGCAGAGUAGAGGACCUGGUCACCAGACCUGAAGGCGGUAUUCCUCUCCCUCAGUAGCUGCUGGACUUCCCGGGUCAUCCAGGGCUUCUGGUUGGGGUAGAUCCGGAUCUGUUUUUCCACAGUAACAGUGGCUAUGCAGUGUUGUAUGUAUCCAAGUACACUGCCUGUAAAGAUCUCCAGAUCGUGAUGUAAAAACACCUCCCAGUUCGUCCUGUCGAGGCAGUCCUGCAGCUGUUGAGAGGCUCCAUCAGGCCAAGUUGUUACCGUUUUUGUGAUGGUGGGUGUACUUUUCCUGAGGGGGGCAUAUGCGGGUAUUAGCAGCAGAGACAAAUGGUCGGACUGGCCCAGGUGAGGUAGUGGUUUGGCCCUGUAGCCAAGCUUGAUGUUAGAGUAGACCUUGUCAAGAGUCUUAUCUCCACGGGUUGUGCAUUUGACAUGUUGGUAGAAUUUAGGGAGAACUGUUUUCAAAUCGGCAUGGUUGAAGUCCCCUGCUACGAUGUGUACAGCGUCAGGAUAUUUACUCUCCUGGGAGCCAAUGCUACUAUGUGUGUUGUUCUCUAGCUCCAGUUUGAGGGAUGACUAAAACGAUGUGAUUCUUGUUGGAUUCCCGUUUUUUGUAGGAUGCUAUUCUCAAACUCGGACCCCUACCACGCCUGCUGAAUGACAUCAGCGUCGCCCUGAGGAACCCUCAGCUCCACAUGCCCACGAAUCACCAGCCUGACCGACCAAAGGACAGACUCUUCUCACGACCAUCGUUCAAUCGUCUCAUGUCCUCGGACUUCCAAAGCCUUAUGAUGCGCGACUUAAACAGGUAACCAACAUGGUUUCAUUAAAGGCACUAUAAGGAGUUUUUAACUGGUGGAGGAGCAGAUUGAGAUUGAUACCGAUGCCUUCUUUUGACCUAAAAACCCAAACAAGACUAUCAGCAAGAAGUCUGGUAGUUUCAUUGUUGUAAUUUUUAUGAUUAUAAACGCUGUUAGAGGGUCGAUGUCAGACUAAAUGAUUGACAGUAGGCUGAAGAAACAGCCUUUACUGACUUAUUACACCGCAAAUACUGUCAGGGAGUGAUACGUUUCAUUUUCAAAGGACAAUAGAGUCACACUUGGUACAAACAGAGGACAAAAAUGCACAACUCUUGACACCAGUAACUGUGUUGUGCCAAAAAUCAGGCAAAGUCAGUGAGCGGAAACAGGUCCAAAACUAAAGAAACAGGUCAUACAUGAAGAAUAGUAACACUAGAAAAGGCUGUGAUGAAACUCACACUGGUAAGAGACAAACUGGCACAGAAGGAAAGAAACAAGGAGAUUGAAUACUCGAGGUGAGAGGAGAAACGCAUUAGAGAGGUGCAGGUAAUCACAGACUGGCAACAGAAGGUGGAGGAUCUGAAACAAGACAGAGAGGUGACUAUUAAAAUAAAACAAGAAACACAUGAAACAUAUUGAUAACAAAACCUAACUAUGGGGAAUGUGAUAAAUAGGAUGAGAUUUUUGUCUAAAAAUUUUUGGCUGUGUCCGAAAUGGAUCCCUAACCCCUAUAUAGGCGACUGUAUGGUGGUUAGCGCCAUUUUUAGGGGUGUCCGAAACCUGAGCGAUCAAUUCCAAUGCCCCAUAUAGGCGACUCAAAACUUCCCAUAGAGCAUUGCAAAAUGUAGUGACCAUCCAAUGGUCCCUCACCGGUGGUGGGAAUCCCGUUAUGCAUUGCAUGGUGCAUCAUGAUGCAUCAUGCAAGCAAGAAGAGACAGAACCCGAGCUCUAUUUGCCAUUUUCAGCGUAAGUUUUUUAUCUUCCCUCGGAAGCGAUCUGUACAGUUUUCGAAAAAUAAUUGUUCGCUGCGUCAUAUAGUCUCAUGCACAAUAUGACGCAGCAAACAAUAUUCAGCACGAAAAUGGCCUUUUAAAUAAAUUAUUAAAUUAUAGUUUUUUUUAUUAUUAUUUUUUUUUAGGAACAUCCUGGUAAAACAAAUACAUCUAUACAACAUCAUAAAAUUCAAGAGACGUGAAAACAACAGCCUCAACUUCAGACGCGGCAGUAUGACCAGUGACAUCACAACGGUGCGCCAUGUAGUGUCCGAAACCUCCCGUGAUUGAGCCCACUACAUAGUCAGCUAUAUAGUGAAACCCCACAUGGGGGUUAGGGGUUAGGGAUUGAGUGAUUCAUUUCAGACACAGCCUUUGUCACUUCAACAUGUAGGUAAAUACUGGCAGCAGGCAUCUAUUUGUCCACUGGGGGCACCAGUAUCAACACAUAUCAAAAGUCCCUUACUGUAGCUUUAACUUUAUACUUUUUGUUGUUGUUGCUUUUAUACAUUAAUUAUGUCUUCUGAAGGCUAAAGCUUGACCUUUAAUUUUGACACAAACAUAAUCAGAAGAAUAUUUUAGUAUCCUCUCAUGAGAUGUUUUAAGAUAUCAAGAAUACACAGUAAGUGUACUCAGUAGCUUGAAACAAAGCACUGGUGUAUUUCUACCCUUAAAUGCUUAUUCUAAUGCACCUCUUCAGGCUUUUUAAGUAUUUUAUCAAUCAGUAAUUGCCAGCACCAUCUGUUCCCAGACUCCCUUACCCAAACGUCUCUCCUUUGUGUUUUAAUCCAUUACCACUCUGCUAAUGUCAAAACACAAGAGAUUCUCUUAUUACCACCUAAUAGUCUAAACAAGACCUCUUUAAAAAGAACGAAAACAGGUAUUGUCAGAGGCCUUCACUGCUGCUAUUUUUGUGUUUACUUCUAUAAGACCCUCAUACUAAGUGUGAGUCUGUUUGUAUCAAAACCUGCUGCAGUGUUUGUAUUUGACAGAGAGAUAUCCAAAUUCCUCUGCAGGUUGGUGUAAGAGAUGCUGCAGAUCAAACAGUCCAAGGUUCAAACCUAAAACACAGCUUUCUUUACCCAUAGUUCAAAGCCCAGAGGUAUGAGGCUAAGAGUUACUGACAGGAUGAAGUCAGGUUCCCCCUUUUUUUUUAUUAUGCAACAAUUACGUAAUAAAGUGAGUUUAGUCCUUGAAGGAAAUGUUAAAGACAGGUACAAAGGGUUGAAAACUUUUGGAUGAGAGUAAAAGUGGUUCUUUGGUUUGAUGAAUGCUUUGUUUUGAAGAGAGAAAAGAGAAAAGCGAAACGUUUUUUUGUGAAAAUUUUAAUUUAUUUUUAUCUUUUGAUGUUCAGUCCUCCAUGAAUCAUCCCCUUGUAGAGGAGUAUGUGUAUCCUUGUUAACCUGGGAGCAGUAUUGUUGGUGACACAAGGAAUUUACACAUUUGGUUGACUCAAUAAUGAAUAAUGUCGCUCUUCUAGCCGGCACUGGGAAUACUAGUUGGUUGCAGUAGCUCAGCCACCUACCACUGGCUGGGGCAGUAGCUUCAAUUAAUGGUUAAUGCUAUGAUAGUUAAAUACUCCACCAUCUGGAUGUAAACAAACACAGAUAUCGGAUGUCUAAAAGACGCUCUUUGGGAGGAAUAACAUGGAUUCGAAUCUGGCUAUGGCGCCUUUGACUGCUUGGAGUUUGUCCCUUUUGGUCUACAUAUUUUUUGUUGACAUUAAAAAAGCCUACAGGUGUGUCCCCAGGGUGGUCAUGUGGGGUACUUGCACCAUACCAAAGCCAGAGCUAAGUCUGCAUCCAGGGUACAAAGUCAGGCACCUUCCUCGUGUUAGUCCCUGAUUAUGUUUGGGAUCUUCAUAUUCAAGAUCUCUCAGAGCAGGGUACUGAUGUUUUUCUGUGAUUUUUUCAUUGCUUUGAAAUUCUGCUGUAUCACUUCUAGUCUCUAAAUAAAGUCAUCUUUUUAUUUAACUGUAUCCCACGGGGGGCAAAUGGAAAGUAAUGAAGUCCAGAUGACGAAUGUUUUUCUUCUGUGUGCCACAUCAUCUCUUCCCACAGACAGUUUAUCUUAAACCCAGCAGUCUAUCAAGUAGUCAAAAGCUCACAACACAUCAAAAUUUACAGACUGUGUCCUUCUGUAUGUACACAGCCAGCUUCACCACUCACUCAGCUUUCUGAAUUAUCCAACUUAUCUUAUUUUUUUAACCUUUUUUAUCUAGAAAAACUGCACUUUCUUCUCAGACUGAUAAAAACACAAAUGAUGAUAGACUUUUAUCGCUCACUGUUCUUACACCAACUACAAGAUGCUAGCAUGUAUUCAAACCAUAUGGUUGUAUUUUGGCCUCUUCUCUUAUUAGCACCAUGAAUUAUGCAAACAAGAAGUUAAAAUGGGAUAAUCUCACACAGGAGUUGGCAACAAAAGACUGGAAACAACAGGUUAGCUGUUGAUCACAAUGUCCUCUGACGGAGCUUUGUGAGGGACCUUGGAGAUGUCUUAUUCCUCUCUUUGUCUCCAAUCCUUUCUCUACUGUCUUGAAGGCCAAAUUUCUUGUCUCUGCUCACAUUAUUUCCAUCUCAAGAUGUUGGGGUGAGAUUAAAUAUCUCUUUCUGCUGUGUAUUCAUAGUUCAAUAGACAUCUCUCGCCUCCCAUCCCCAACCACCGGAGUCUCAGCUGUGGAGUCCCUCUCCUCCAACCUGAACAUGAGGCGUCAUGCAGAACGGGAUCUCCGCUCGUCGAGGGAAGUUUUCUAUGUGACUCGCCCGCCGCUGGCUCGAUCCAGUCCUGCUUACUGCACGAGCAGCUCUGACAUCACCGAACCUGAUCCAAAGGUAAAACAUGAAAAAGUCACAUAAGAAAUAAAUUUUAUUCAGGUAUGAGUAUAGACUGUCUAUAGAAUGGACAGAGUCUGCCUCCUCGUUGGGUGAAGCCACUAUGAGAACAGCACCCUCUGGUGACAGGCUGCAGUAUAAGUCAUGAAUCCUGACUCCUCCAGCCAUCCUUAUGGGGCUGUGGACAAACUUUAGAAAUUUAUUACACAGAAUAUAAAAUUUUCUCCCCCCUGCUUGCGAUGUUGACAUGUAGUUAUUGUAAGACUGGUUUGUGCUCAAGUCCUCUUUCUUCUGUGCAGCUCCAUUUUUAAAAGUUAUAAGGGGGUUCAUGUUUUUUAUGAUUGACACUUGAUACAGCCUAUUGGCAUACGAAAAUUGCGUAGGGGGCGAUUUUUUUUUUGCAGGAUAGUAGGGGAAAGUCCCGCCUUCUUUGUCUCUGAUUGGCUAGAAAAGCUGGAAACGUCAUCACACGCUCAAGCCAAAAGCGGGCUGUUGGCUCUGUACAUCGAACAGAACAUUAUCGCACUUCUGAAUCUCCUAACCCUAACACUAACCCUCAUCCUAAUCCUAACCCUUACCCCAACUCUAACCUGACAUAUGAUGACGUUUCACAGCCAUUAGUAAGAACCAAUCGGAGCCUAGCACUUCUCGCCAAUCAGAGGCGAAGGAGGGCGGGACCUUCCCCUACCACUCUACAAAUAAAAAUUUCGAAUUCGCUGUUUGAGCCGAGCAUCAUCACAGCGACUCUCGGCAGCUCUCCUGCCGAAUGCGUACAACGCUACUGUGCAACACUACUGGUUUCAGGACGUGGAGAAAAAAACGGAAAUACUGAGAGCUUUACGGCUUCAAAUCUGUAUACUGGUGGAAGGCAGAACCAAGUUGUCCAUAGUUUAAACAGUCUAUGGGUUUUAGUUUGACAUUAGAUACAUUGUCUUAGUUUGGACCAUUUUGAAUUGAUAAGGUUUAAAAUGACUUGCAAACCAUCUAAAUCUGUUUUGGGGAAAUCGGGGUUGUGAUUUAAACUGCAACAAAUCUUUUUGUCGUCUCUCUUAGGUCCAUAGUGUGAACAAAAGUGUGUCAAUGAUGGACCUUCAGGACUCGCGUAUGAACAGCAUCUCCAACCUGAACUCUGUCGGGGACAUGCUCAACUCCUCUCAGGCAUCCAUCGCUGGCCUUGCCCACAGUUUUGGUAACCUCAGCGGCCCUCUCCGUAUGGGGAGCUCUGGUUUGAGGCUGAGCCAGAUGGGCCACGUAGGGGGGCCCACUGAAUCCAUCUCUCAACAGCAGCAGCAGGCGGCAGCAGCCAUGAAUUUCCCGCUGUCUUUCCAGAACCCGCUAUUCCAUCUGGCUGCGCAGAACUCCCCGGCUCAGUCCCAGCCUCAUCCCCCUCCUCUCCUUCUUGCCCCUGAACCUGAGAAUGGUCACCACGACUACCAACCGGCAUUUGGCAACAAUGCUUUCUCCCGCAGCGAGGACUUGUCCGGUCUGCGGUCGCAGAGCAGUCUGGUGCAGCCCAGCAUUGUUCACUCACACAGUUACAGCGAUGAUUUCACCCGACAGAACCAGAACAACGACUACGCCUGGCACCAGCUGUCACUGCAGGUGCAGGUAGGAAGCUCUGUCUUAUGUCGGCAUUUAGAAAUCACAGAGACAGAUUUUUUCGACUAAAGGACCUUUUCUGUGCUGAGAAGGUUUACGGUUUUAUAUCAGAUGUACAUUUAAUUUAGGAAACAACAUCUGUGCUUAAAACUGCUUUGUCACCAUGUACCAGAACAGGUGACUUCUGGCUGAAAAAGAAAGCUCAAUUGUUGGUACCUGUGAUCAUAUUUAGUGAUGCAGCUCCUCUCUUUUAAGAAACCUGUGCAGUUUUGUCAUUUCACAGUCCAAGAGCUAAAUUUAACACUCAUAAUGUAUUUCAAACUUCAAUCAGUGAUUAAAAAACAUUUCUUUGCUGGAAACUUUUAAAGGGGCGUGUCCAAUAAACCAUCUUUAAGUUUAUAUCUCAAGCUUAAAACAAACCUGAUAACAUAAUUUUUAUAAGUCUGAUAUUUUUGUAUUACUUAGUUUGAUUUCAAAAGGCAGACAGGGUGAUUGCCAGGCGAAUUAAGAUUCAUCUGCUCUGUGAUGAAUAAUUUCUAAAGACCUUAACACGGCUGCUUGUGAUUAUCCUCAGUCUGGUUUUUGUCAUCAGCUUCAACUGCUAGUUGUGAUGUGAAUUUAUAAUCUGCAUCCUCACUGCAGAAACUUUCCACAGAAACCCUUAAAUCUGAGCUCAGAGGAUAUAAUUUUAGCCCCUUAUGGUGAAACUACUUUCCAAUAUACCAAAAAAACAUUCUUGGUUUGGCACAUUUCUAGAGAGCAGCGGCUGCAUUUUAAUUCAGCAUUAGAAUCCGCAGGGACUGAGGAUGCAAUAGAUCACAGAUCUCAUGAUUCGGUUUGGAUCACACUUUUGUAUCAGGGGUUGCAUCACUGUUCCUACAUAUAACUUCUCUCCUUCUUGUUAAGCCACGUCUGUCUCCAUGCAUCUCAAUAAUGUGUCACCUCAGUUUUAUUCCCUACAUGGCAACAACUCUGAUUAUUACAAGCAUGCUAUCAAACCUAGCAACUCACAGCAGGCUAGCAGCACCGCUUAAUAACAACUUUCUUCUCUCUUUGUGUCAUAAUCAUAUGUCAACAGAAAACAGUAGUGUACUUUAAAGUAAAUUAACCUUUAAGGGCGCUGAUAUGAUUGAAAUGAUUGCUCAAUUUACAAGUCAAGCCAACAAGUGACCAGGAGUGAGGCAUGUCAAGCUCCUGAUGCUUGCCUCAUGAAACUGUGAACGCCACACACAUUUUAUAUUAUUUGUUCAGAACUGUUGCAAAAGUCAUGUGUCAACAGAGAGUCCUCAGCUGUAACUAAUGACUGGAGCGAACGUUUUAGCUCUUGAUGGUAAAACACUUCAUCAGUAACUAUGUUUGCAUUUAUGUUCUGAAAUUGAGCUACAUACUUACAGACUGUACACAGUCACUGUGUUUGCAUUUGUGGAUCUGUUUAAGAUCUGUGUACACAUUAUGGACGCGUGUACAGAUCUGUGCUCAUAUCUGUGGAUCUGGUUACACAUUUACACACUCUGCUUCCUCAAGCUCCAAAAUAAGGUUCAUCAGAAUCAAGCCUUUUUUUUUUCUUCUCUGAUGUUAUAGAUUAAAUUUUGGAUUAUUCAUUCUUAACGCAAGAUAAAGUGAAGCUGAGCUCUUAUUGUUGUUUUCCUAUUAAAUCCACUUGAUUAGAUUUAGCAAAAUGUUUUUUACUUAAAAAUUUUUGUCUUGAAUUUCAUUUUUAUUUUUUACAUACUGAUCAUUAAGCAGGACGACAAAGCGUCCACUAACCUUUUUGAGGACAUUUUUGUUUUUAAGUGGUCUUGUUAUUUUAAGGAUUUCAUGUUUUCAUCCUUUCCUCCUGUCUCCAAAAACUCUACGUUAGAUCUUUGCCCUUUUUGAGCUUCGUAGUGCUUGGUGAAACCAGAGACAGUUCAGGAAAAGACAAAGUUCACCUCUCUCUGUGUUUUUUUUUUCUGGAGUAAAACAUUUUCCUUAACUCUACCACCAGGGGGCACAUCCGUUUUUCUAUGAUACCUGUCUGGUAAAUCAUUUCAUUCCUCACAAAAUCAUCAUUAUUUAUUUAUCUUAGCAAUUUCCUCUUUACUCUCAUUUUUCUUAGGAGUCCCUCCAGCAGCAGCAUCUGAUGGGGGUCAUUUCUCAGACACCCACUGGCACGGGCACUCCCGCCUCUUUGGCCACACCACCCACCACGGUUCAUCCUGUCCGCCAGUCCUCCAUCGCUCCAGGACAACACCUCAAGUCACAGCGCUCCAUCAACAACUCGGCCACGGCCACGCCUCCGAAGGUCCGCCCGCAGAGCAGGAACCUCCUCCUGGACUCCUCUGACACCAACUUCAGUGGCAGUCAGCCGAAACAGCGCCCUACUCAGCAGCAGCACCAACAACAGCAGCAAGCACAGCAGCAGCAGCAGCAGCAGCAGCAGCAGCAACAACACCAGGAUGCACAGCUCUCCGUCACCGACAGUCCAGCUCCUGGGCUCCCGUACCAGACAAGCUCCGCCAAAGAGAACCAGGGCCCGUCAGCGGCUGCAGAGGUAUCGACCGACACGCCAACAAAAAGCACCAAGAAGUCUCAGGCACAACUUCAGCCGCCUCAGCAGCAUUUGCUCAAACCAGGCAAUAAACAGGUCAGUUUAUAACCAUAUUUUAAAUGUUCUCAAACUGUUCCUGAAGUAUCCACACAAACAGAUACUCAGAUUAAAGUAAGAAAAUAUCAACAGCUUUCUGAUUAAAAUCAUGAAUUUAAGGCCUAAUUGUUUUGGUUUCAGGGUUCCCAGUCUACGCCGGCCCUCAAUGAGCGAACAGUGGCCUGGGUGUCCAACAUGCCUCACCUCUCUGCUGACAUUGAGAGCCUGCGACCGGAUCGUGAGGGACAGCUGAAAGAGUACUCUAAGAGCAUGGAUGAGUCACGACUGGAAAGGGUCAGCACAUUGGUUUUUCUUUCUCACAAUAAUCUGAGAUUUCUCUAUGAAUAUCAAUAUCUGAGCAGAUGGUUCACUCAAACGAGAACUACAAGAAAAUACCAAAGUAAACCUUGAGUGUUUCUGUAGGAGUUGAAACUAGUAUUAAAUUUAAACAGAUUGAAGUCACAACAGUUUUUCUUGGAUAAUAAAACUGAACUCAGAGUUCAUGUUGGCCAAACUAGAAUAACUGGUUCAGUUUUGGCUUAGAAAAAUUCAAGAUGAGGACUUUCACCUUACUUUAAUUCACCUGAGCACAUGAAUUGUGGGGAUUUAAUCAAUGACUCAUACCUGAAAUUGCUCUUUGCCAUUUUCUUUGGCUAAUGUAAAAAGCUAACUGUAGUCUGUAGAGGUAGUUCCCAAGAGCAAUAGCUUUUGACAAUGACAGACUUAUCUUGAUAUUAUAUAUUAUAAAACUUUACAGAGGGGAGCUUAAACCAAUGAAUUUCUGUUUUAAUGUGUAAGAGCAUUUUUGUUUGACUUGAAAUGACUGCUAUUACCGUCACUUAACUUCAUAUGAGAGAACUCAGACACUGUCACUUUAGUCCAUUUGGUGAACGACUUUCUGAUCGAUCUUGGCGCUACCCAAAUUCCACAGUCUGAGUUAUUUUUAUAAAACUUUUCUCAUUUGCAAAAGAGUAACUCUGCACUGAUAUAUUUCCAUUUCAACUCAAUUACAACAAUUCAUUAUUUAUUUUUGAAGAAAAAAAAAAAAAAAAAGGAGGGUGUUACAGUUGAUGGGGUUUGGGGGCCCCCUAGAGGUCGGAGGCCUCUGGCACCAGCCCAAAUGUAUUUGACUUGAGCUGAAUAAUGAACUGGCUCUAUCCAGACCAUUCUUACUUUUAAAAAUUUCAUAAAAAACAAACAAAACAAACAAAAAAAACACCAACUAAUUUAUAGGGAAUAACUUCACUCAUUUUCUUAGUCUAUUUAUCAGCUGCUGCUACCAAUAAAGCCCAAUGUUGUUGAAUUUUAAACUCUGAAUCUAACCAUUUAGAUGUUCUGCACAUUGUCAUCACAACAUUGAAAAUUCACUUUCUCGAUAAAUCUAAUUCAUUGAAAUAGAAGGAUGAACUUGUUGAAAAGAGCAAAUUGAGGAAAUUUUAUGUUCUGAUGAAAGCAAAUGUACUACCUAAAAAUACAGCCAGGAUCAAAAGUAACAGCUAUCAUCUUUUUUUAAUGUGGUAUUUGAGAAAAAAACAUUAGCUGAUAUCUUUAGGCAGCUAACGGUACUGUGCUGCAAUUGUGCUUCUUCGGAGGUUACAUGUUAAUCAUCACUGUAUUCUCAUUAUUUGCUAGUUUCUGCACGUAUUAACUUAAGCAGGCAGAGAACCAAAACAUGUCUUCACAGUGUCAUCCUCCUGUGUUUUGUGGUACAUUUACUGUGAUGUAAAACUCCCACACUCUUCUCUACAUUAGGCGCACAUCUCAUCAUAGAGAAUGAAAUUUUUGAUCGCACACAUUAAAGCAUACCACAGGUCCUCCAUGGCUUUGUACAUUUAUUUCACUUGGCAUAAAAAGAGCUGAACGACAGGGCUGUGUCAGUGUUAAAAAUAAUAAAAAAUCAUCACUCAGGAAGGUUUUGGUGACAACAACAGUGAAGUGACUUUGUUUUUUAUUCCAGGUUAAGGAGUACGAAGAAGAGAUACAUUCCUUGAAGGAGAGGCUGAAGAUGUCACAUCGUAAGCUUGAAGAAUACGAACAGAGGCUUCUGUCACAGGAACAGCAGACAAACAAGAUCCUGCAGCAGUAUCAGAACCGCCUGGAGGACAGCGAGCGGCGUCUGAAGCAGCAACAAGUGGAGAAAGACUCCCAAAUCAAAGGCAUCAUCAGCAGGUGAUUAGUGUCAAAAUUUGACCAGGAGCUUGCAGAUCUGAGGCUGUGCCAAUUACUGUCUGGCUUUUUCACACGAAAUAUGACAUCAACUUUAUCAAAAAAGAAAAGUUUUUUUUUUUUUAUUGCCAAUUAUAAAAAUCUACAAUGUGUCUCAUACAUAUGCCCUACAUAAAGAUACAUAAAUUAACAUUCACUGCAUGGCAACAGUCUCUGCAGCUCAUAGAGUGUGGUAGGUUAGUGUUUGUUGCCGUAGAAGCAAAUGUGUGAGUGACUUUUAUGGUGUUGAAUGAAUGCAUUUUGCAUCAGUGCAUUGUUAGCUUUCUUGAUGUGGAAAGAAAGAAGAAGACACUAUUCUUGUGUCUCUGGUGGAGCUAGAAGGGGAGUAGCAUAGAUUAGCAAAAGGAGCAGAAACUAGGUAAGCAACAUGCUUUAAGUAGUGCUUAUGGUUAUUGUGUUUAUUGGAGUAUCAAACUUACUGGCUUUGACUCUAUCGCUGAUGUGUUAUGUUUACUGUGAGUCCAAACCAUAGACUGUAUAUAGAAUGGACAGCGUCUGCCUCUCCAAGAGGCCAAGAACAGCACCCUCUGUUAACGGGCUGCAGUAUAGGUAAUAAAUCCCGCCUCCGCCAGCAAUGCUUAUGGGGCUGUGGACAAACUUUAUAAAUUUAUUACACAGAAUAUACAUUUUUCUCCCCCCGCUUGUGAUGUUGACAUGUAGUUACAGUAAGACUGGUUUGUGCUCAAGUCCUCUUUUUUCUGUGAAGCUUCGUUUUUUAAAGUUAUUAGGGGGUUCAUGUUUUCUAUGAUUGACACUUGAUACAGCCUAUGGGCGUUCAGGGAUUGCGUAGCUCUCCCGGGGGAUAUGCUGUUUGAGCCGAGCGCAUCACUACUGCGCAGCUCUGGUUUCAGGAAAUGAAGAAAAAUCCCAGAAAUACAGAGAGCUUUUCGGCUUCAAAUCUGUAUACAGGUGGGAGGCGGAACCAAGUUGUCCAUAGUAUAUACAGUCAAUGGUCCAAACACAGUCAACUUAUCCACUUUUGUCUGCAUGGCAGUGUUUACAUGCCAAAAUGUUACACACACACACACACACAAAAUAAGCACCCUUGUAUUUGUUUUAAUACAUCCCAAUUCCAAAAAUGUCAGGACACUGUGUGUGGUGCAGCUAAAAACUAAAUCUGAUGGUUUGCACAUAUUUAAAUUCUAGAUUUGAUUAAAAGUUGCUAAUUUUUAAUUUAAUACCAGCAACAGCAUCUGAACUGUUUGGGCAGGUUUACCUGUGUGUUGCAUCACCCUUUCUUUUGACAACACUCUAUACAUGAGGAGAUUAGUUUUGGGAGUCUAGAAGAUGAAAUGUUAUUCCUUUUAUGCCUGAUAUAGGAUUUCACUCAUUCAACAGGUCAAGGUCAAGCCAGAUUAGCACCUAAACUCUCCUACUUUGGAGCCAUGCACAUUGAAUAUGGUUUAGCAUGGUCCUACCUGGUGAAAUACAGAAUGUCUGAACUACAUUAUGUCGCCCCAAGGCUGGUAUGUAUCACUCAGCCUUUGUGGUACCUGCCCAGAUGUGACCACCACCCAUGCCAUGAUCAUCCUCAUAUUACCACAGUUGACGAUAAGAAGCCAGGUGGUCUCACCGCUCUGUAGAGCAGAGGAUGUAGCAUCCAUGAUUUCCAAAAAGAAUGCAAGAUUUCUUUUUGUUGACACUUUUCCACCUUCGCUUCCUCCCACCAUCUUAACCAGACCUGACCCUGAAGAAGUCUGUUUGGUUUCUUCCAAAUAUAUAUUAAAUGACACAUUUUAAACUAAAACAUACAUUCAUGGAUGCAAAGAAAAACUGUUGGGUUUUUUUUUGGAUGUGAUUUUGAACCCUUGAAGACCAUCCAUCUCUGGUUUUCUGCCUUGUUCUUUUGGUGAGGAGAUGAUUCUCGAAAUUCUCAAAUUGCUCAUGCAGUCUCUCACAGAGUGGUGAGCAUCCUCCUGUCUUGACCUUGAGUAGACUCGCCCUCUCUGGUGCUCAUUCGUGUUACUAACCUGUUGAAAAUUAACCAAACAGUUGGGAGAUACAGGUAUUUUUCACUUCAAACAUUUGCCAAGUCGUUUGCACUCUUUCUAUUGAAUAUGUUGUGGAAAUGAUUUGUAAACAACUCAAGUAUUUCACACAGUGUACUAACUCUUUUGGAAUUGGGAAAGGGUUUAAAGACCCACUCCGAUGAAAAACAUGUUUUUCCUGUAUUUUAUAUGUUCAUAUGGCAUUUUUCUGAUGCUACAAGACAUAUCAUGAAAAAAACUAAAUGUGAAAUUGCUUUUCUGAGUAUUUCUUCAUUCAAAUCGCUGUGAAUCUCUGGCAGACCCAAACGGCAGGUUCAGAAACGGUGAGGCCAAACUCUGUAUAUAAAGGAGAAAUACAGAGCACGAUUGUGUGGAACAAGCAUGUGCGCUAGUGGAUUGCAAUGCUCGUAAGAAAGCUAAUUAUGAUAUCAGCUUUCAUCAUGUCUCUGAAGAUGUUGGUGUCCGAGAGCUGAAAAGCUCCUGUGUUACCUGCCACUUCUACUACACACCAGUUGUGCUGUAGAAUGCACCCCCUGGAUUCCAUCCACUCGUUAGCUUCUUAAAAUGGAAGAAAAUUAUCUCAUAUUUUAAAAACUACGAGUAUUUGAUCAUGACAACUUUUGUUCUGUUUUUAUGCGUCUCAAAAAUGCACAUACGGAGGUGUGCUUGGGUAUAUAAAUUGUACAGUAAACUGUCAAGCUAGCAAACAUUAUAUUUUUUGGGACAGCAAAUAUUCCGAAUCAGAGGGCUAUUUUUUCGGCUUAUCUGAAUAGCCUGAAUGAAAUUAUUAAAGGCACAUGCUUAUGAAUUCAUCCAUUGGUAAGGAAAAUAAGUACUUUCAACCGCGCUCCCGUCGGGGGUGCAUUCUACGGCACAACACCUGCAAUGUUAGGCUGCAAGCUAGCGUGAAGAUGAGUGUGCAGAGCAGGGCUGUCUCCGCCCACGACUCAGAGGCAAAUUGCUCAUGAAGCAUUUGAAAAUGACACAGGUUACACGAUUUCUGGUAAAAACUUCAUGAUCACAAUUUAAAGACCACUGAGAACACCUGAAGUAGUGAAAAGAAAAACGAUCGGAGUGGGACUUUAAGCAAAUGGGAACUAUGUAGAGCAAUGCAAUGUUGCAACAGACUUGAAUGUCAUAUUUUCAGUGGCUGUUUGUUUUGCUUUGACUGAGUAUGGCUGUUGUGCAAAUGAAAGUAGAAAACAAAACGGAAACGACGAAGGGCUCCACUCAUUCACAUGUUAAUCCACAGAACCACUUGUGGCAGAAAUCUCCACAGGUCAACUCCAGCACAUGGGCAAAGAAACGAUACCAAUCUCUUUUUAUUCAGCUCUCAGUAGAAAGUUAAUGAUCCUUUUUUCUUGAAAUAUAGCUGCUGUAGAUGUUUGGUUUCAAAUUCAGGGAAAUCUUUUGUUUCGCAGUUCAGUAACAAAACCCAGACAGAUUAGCCAGGAUAUUUUUGAUUUGGCAGAUUGAGCUGAGUAACCUUUACAGGAAGGACAUGUUGAUGAGACAGAGUGGGAGUUCAACACAGUAGAUUUAUCUCUAACAGCCAACAUUUCCUAUAACUGGAGUGCACAGAGGUCAUUUUUAUUUAAAAGAAAGCCUCCUUCAGUUUAAUUGAAAAAAAACAACAACAACCUCUGAAUACAAAGACAGCAGAUGGGUGCACACUCAAAACUCAAUCAUCACACAAGUUCUGUUUCUGAGCAGCUGAAUCUAAACUGCCUCAGACAUACUGAAGGCAGUUCACAUUCAGCGUCUGGGAGCUCAGAGGAUAGCUGAAUGUACCCAGAAACAUGUCAAGACCUUAAUAUCAUCGUAUGGCUGCAUAAUUCAACAUUCAAAUUGAAAGAACACCGGCUUUUUAAUCCUAUUUUUGUCAACCGGUUUGUUUGUUUCUAUUUUCCCUGUUGUCAGACUCAUGGCUGUGGAAGAUGAGCUGAGAGUGGGUGCCAUUCCUGAUAUUAAGCCUCGAAUCCUCACAGACCAGGUUUGUGCCUGUGUCUACAUCUUUUAUCAUCUCUAUUUGCUAAACCAGUCAUGUCCUAAAACAGUUUGCAUCAUUCCUACAUCACAUCCAAAGCAUUUGCCAAAGCCAAUACAGGGGGAAAAGUUUGCCGCAGUCAUACACUUCACCAAAUCUCAUCUCUCAAAAUACAUUUCUGUCACAUCUGCUGUAAGAUUUCACCAUUUAUUGCAAACGUCUGAAAGGGGAGAAUGAAUAAUCCUGAUAAUCCAGAGCUGCUUGAAGCUUAAGUUCAUGUACGGAGGUUAAACUUGCUCGCCUGUGUGAAGGAAUAGCAAGUCAUCAACACUGAGAGUGAAUGUUAUUUAGCAUGAAAAGGAGUGAUUUUCUGCCACAGACCACAUUAAUCAUGAGAAAACCUUGACAGUGUGACUCACCGACGGCGUCACAGGGAUUCUGCAGGGCCGAGCGCUGUGAAUGCACCAUGUGGGCUGAAUUCUGACGCAGGUGAAGAGGCUGUUUGUAUAUGCCUUGUUUACGCUGAAAUGAACUCCGGAGAGACAACAUUUCCUAUUCUUAAAGCCUCUUGGAAACUCCAACCAUAUAUAUAGAGUCUGCUGAGAUUGAAGCUAUUUUCCUGAACGAAUAGAGUUUGGGUUUUUACGCCAUCCCUUUUUGGCUCAGGUUGUAGUCAUAGCUUUACAAAAGACGCUUUCAUGAUGCUGAAGAUUUCAGCCUUUUAAAGAAAAAUCAUAGAGUGACUUAGUGUUGAGAAAUGCUAUUCCUUCAGAUUAGGAGAUUCUUAUGUGGACGGUCAGUUCCUUUGAAAUACUAAAAACGAGGAUUGAAAAACUCAAAAGAACUGUUCGAACUCUAUUUACUGUUUUGCUGGAAGAUGGUGAUGAAGGUUGAUGCUAAUAUCACAAAAUAGGUUGAAAAAUCUGCAUCGAGGGAAUUUAACUCAGCACAGAGGCCGGAAAGAGGUGGAAACAGCGUGCCUGGCUCGGUUUAAAGGUGGGCGCGAAGGUUAAAAAUGGCUGAUGCCAGUUUGCUGUUUCAUGGGGGUGGGUUUCUGGACUGUUUCUUCGCCAGUCACUUUCUGGACUCUACUCUGGUUGUCUCUCCUGCCAAGGAAUCCUCCUACACGAAAGUUUUUCAUUCUGACCGUCUAAUUUUUCGAUUAUACAAGGGGACAAAUAUUCAUGUAUGGCUUAGCAUCAUAAGUGCUGCCAAUAGAUUGGUUGAACCCGGACUGGGAAGAAGGUCGAGCUAUUCUCCGUGUCCAUCUUUGUGCUGAGCUGACUGGCUGCUGAUUUCAACCAUAGCUACUUUUUCACCGCACUUUCAGCAAAAAAGUAAAUAAACAUCAAAAUGUAAGUGAAAGUGGACCCUUUGAGGCGUAAAAAAAGGGAUAAACGUUAAUCCUCUUCUUUUUCUCUCCCCUCAGUCUAUCAACCAGGGCUAUGGUGGAUCCUGACUGCCGCUUUCAAGGUGACCAGAGUUCAUGAUGGUCACCAGGGUGUAAGAAGACUGACUCAGAUCUUUCUACGAACACCCACGAAGAAAAACUUUGCUUUGCAUCCAGCAGGACCACUGGAGGCUUCUUCACACGUUUUUUAAAAAGACCUUUGCACAUACUCAAACUUAGCCUGUACAAGAACUUGACAAUCAGUUUAGCAUGAGGACCAAUGUGUGCAGGGAAUCAUCCACACAUUCUGACUGAUACUAGAGCCAAUGCCACAACAAUGGCAAUACUGAACCUAAAGAGUUUCUUUAUUUAAUCAAAGUGAGAGAGGAUGUGUUUAACACUUUUUUUGAAGAUGGAUGCAUUAUGUUCCCCCUCUACACGCAGCACAAAUAACCUCUCACUGAAAAUACUGCAGACAGAGUUUAGACUGAGUGAUGCCUGUGACAAGCAACAAGCAUGCUACUCAAUCAUUUGCUGCCUAAGAUCAAACAUACAGGGCACAGGCAGAGAUCUGUACUUCUGUAUUGAUUUAGAAACAUAUGGGCACUGCAGGGUAGUUCAAACCUAUAUGGAAACCAAUGUGGUUUAAUGCAUCUUUCAUAGUGAAAUCAUUACAUAUGAUGAGAUGCCGUACAAACAAACAAUCAACUGACUUCUAUACAAUCUAUGUGGCACAUUGUAUAAUUUUUUUUAUGCUAAGAGCUACUAAAACUUUUAUUAAUUGGAAUACUUAAAAAGUAAUCUGAGGUUGGUCACUAACAGAUUAUGACUUUUCAGAGCAAAGAAAUAAAGUGCUGCAAAAGGAAUUCAGGAAAAGACUUCAAAAUGAAAGACAACAUGGGUACAAGCUGUUGACUUUAAAGGGGAAUUCCACUGUUUUUUUUUUUUUACACAGUAAAGCACUUCUGAAUGCGUAAACUCGUUUUAAACAAUUUGACAACUAUUGCUUAAGCCCAGCCUUUAUAUAAAAAAAACCUGUGACUAAACAUGUGUGACAUUCCAAUACCAAAGGAAGCAAUGCCAUUGAUGGUUUCAUUCAUCCAUCACAUUUACAAGCGAAGACUUUCAAGCAGCUGAUCGUUCUUGUAUUCUGCUCAAGCUAGCAGGUGUAGUUGGACUGCUGUCAUGGUGGUAACACUGCGCAGAUGUGACUGACACUCGGUCAAGAGCUGUUCACGACGGGAGCCCUGUAGAUGUCGUCUCGCCCACUCAGAGCGCAGCGUGGUUUUGCAUGCACACAAACAUGCACUUGAACAUGCACUUUCACGUGUUUUUACUGACCUAGAUAGGACAUUCAGAUACAGGUUUCAUUUCAUCUCCAGGUUUCAGAUGAGAUGGAGAAUCCAAAUCAAUCGGCCUCGGCAGCUGCAGCUUGAGCCUUUUUUACUCCACCUGUUAUGAGGCUGAAUGGGAGUGUAAUAUAAAACCCCUGGAGUGCUGCCUCUUUCUGCGAGGUCAAAAGAAAUUUACCCGUUUGAAUGAAAGUGUCUUCAGGAGGGUGAUGCUUUCAUUCACAUCUGAAAGAAAAAAUUCGACUAAUACCACCUUUCUUAUAGCAACGGAAGGGCUCCAGCUCAGCUCCUAGAGAUGAUUGUGUCACACCUGACAGACAACGUUGGUAUAAAGCCAGCCUAAACUAAUCGAGCCUCAAAACUGACGAGUCAACCUUAACAAAAAAAGGAUCACGGUCUGCCAUCGUCAUUAUUAACUUUUAUUUUUCAACUUUUUCUUUUCUUUUCUUUUCUUUUGUACAGCACUUUGUAACAUUUGUUUGAAACUGCUGUAUGGAUCAAUUUUAAUAAGUAUGAUUAUAAACACUAUGUGCAACUGGAAACAAAUCGUAUUAUAGCAAGUGGUGAAUUACUCAUCUGUUGUGUUUAAUGUUUCUGGAGCAUAGAUGUGCAACAGUUCUGCAUGUGCUUUUUAAACUGCGAGGACGAGUAAGUCGAUUUGCUGUCAGAUAUUAUAAUGAACAAAAAUGAAACUUUAAACAUGCUUUCUGAUGGAGGGCAUCUUUUUUUAUCAACCUGCUGACUCUUCCGUUUUUUCCAGAAGAGGUGGCAUUCGGCCUUUUGCAUUAUACAACAUACGAGUACUUGUAGAAGAAAACAGAGGCGACAGACCAACAAAGGUGGAACAACAACAGGACAUUAAACAGCAGGGAUAUGUGGUGUAUGUGCAUAGGAUUUGACUGCCUUACAGUCUGUGUCACACAGGGCAAAAAUAACAAUGCCAAUACAAAAAAAAAACAACUUGUAAAUUUGUAAAAUGAAUGUCCUUUUUGUAGUCAGGUGAUGAAUUAAUAAGCAGUGUAAUGGUUAACUCUAUAUGUUAGUCAGAAUCAUUUGUAUUACAGAUUUCAUGGGUGAUAUAAUUUAUCUUAACCUCUUGCCUUCAAAAAGACAUUUCCUUUGAAGAUAAAUAUCAAUGAUAUAAAGUUAUAUGUUUAUGUUACCAGAAAUGUAUAAAAUAGCUCAGUGUAUAUUUAUUCUUAUAUGUAAAGGUAUUCAAAUCAAGGGUAGGCCUUCAGGCAUGUUCAACUCGAGGUACAGAAAAAAAGAUUCUUAUAUUAUUAACUCUUAAUGCUGCAAUCCAGAAACUACAGUGCUAUGGCGUGGCUGAGUUCAUGGGAUGAGAGCUGAAUAACUUUCCAGAUUAGCACAUUUCUGUUGUGUGGAUUAACAAGAGAAACGUUUUCUCGCCCAUGUUUAUGUAACCAAAAUAGCAGUGGUGCUUUCAAAAAAUACUGGAUUGCAGUUUUAAGUGAUCUCCUUUUGAAACAUGCAUUUAUUUAUUUUGCCUGCGUUGCAAUACAGUAUUUUAAAAUGUUAUACUGCACAUUUGUUUUCAUUUGAAAAAAGCUGCAAUCUAUUGUCUGAGAAAAUGUUUAUAAAGACAUGAAAGUUUAUAAUAUUCCCAUGUAAUCUUGAAACUCUCUAUCUUAGCUGCAGUGGUAUUGUGUGCUACCUCUGAAUUCAUGCCCUUGACACCCUAUUUUUUCAUGAAGGAACCCUCAUAAUCUGCUUCGAACCACACACACACACACACACACACACACACACACACAUACGGGGCCUCUUUUUAUUUUAGACACAUUGCUUUUUUAUUUUUAUUUCUUUUCUACCAAAUGUGAAAAUUGUCCUAAUCUUUGGUUGCUUAUUUCAACACUGAAGUUUACAUUUUUAUUGGUUGUUCUCGAUUGCCACAAACACUUUUAUACCUGUUUCUGAUAUCACAGCCAAAAUGUUUAUUGCUAUUUUUCCAAAGGCAAACAAGUAUUCAUCACUAUUACUGACACUGCAAUGAAUAUUUUGCUAAAAUAACACGCAUUCUCAAUCUUAUUUUCAACAUUGCAAUCAAAUGUUUAUUGAUGUUUUCAAGUAGUUAGAAGGUUCACCUUCAUUUCUGAAAUAGCAAUAAACAUUUUUUAAUCAAGCUGGGUAUACUGCAUGUAUUUUUUUAAAAUCAAAGUUUUCAUUGCCAUGUCAUGAAUAGUAAUUCACAUUUUUCAUGCCAGCCUUGAAAUAGCUACGCGUUUCCCAUUGCUUCUUUUGAAUUGGCAACGAACAAGCAAAAUAGGAUCUAUGACACCAUCACAGGACCGGUCCUACUUUUUCCUGUUUAAACUGAAGUGCUGUUACCGUGACAUUCAUGAGGAUUUUUCUUUAGUUCAAGAUAAGAUGAGUUGUGUUCUUUGUAUUUGUCAGAUGUUGCAUUAACACAAAGAAAUUGCCAGCAAGAAUAUUCAAUGUGCCCAAAAAUGGUGAAACACAAUCUCUGCUGAAGAAGUCAAGAAUGACUUAAAAAGCACAUGAAACAGGGGUCAGUGCUGAGGCAACUACUUUAUUAUUAUUUUUUUUUACAUCCCUGGCCGACACACCUUUCAUGUAUUAUUUGUUACAGAAAUAGGAACAAGAGGUAUGUGUCUUGCCUCAAAUGAAAGCAUGGCAGUGCUCCAAAGUAAUAAAACAUGGUGGUAUAUUAUAUUAUUGAAGUCACUGUUGAAGCGGUGCUUUAUGUUUACAAAAUCAAAGCAUUUCUGUUUAUAUACGAACCCGAUAGAGGAAAACUGUUGCUUUGCUGCAGCUUAAGCUGGACCUGAGAAACAAUACAAGCUAUGUUGUAUAUUUUAAAUAAAGAUAUUUAACAUCUUACGACACAUUUAUGUUUUUAAAAUGGAUGUAUAGCAUAAUGGAAUUAAUCAAAGUAUUUUUCUUGGCAGCUAUUAUUCUGCACAAUUGAUCAUCUGUGUCACCAAUAUGUAGUCGAUGGGAAUUCUGACUUGAAUUGGGCCUACUGGAUGUAUAACCUUAAUUUACUUGACUUUUCUUUUGAAAUAAGCCAUGCCCCUAGAUAAGCCAUACCCUCCAGUCCCCUGAUGUAGUAUGGUGGAUGUUUAAUGUUGGUAGUUUUAUUUACAAUGGUAGUUAUUGUAGGUAUGAUUGAAUUGGUAAUCAUUAUUAUUAUUAGUGUACUUGAUUGAUAUGAUUUGUUUUGUUUGAACAAAAGGAAUGUAUUCAUUUUUCAGGUGAUUUUUUUUUUCUGAGUGAUUUAAAUAAAUCUUAAAAUCCCUAA